GCCUAAGGCAGCGAGGCCGGGCCGGGCCGAGCGGAGCUGAGGAGAGGAGUCGCAUCCAAGAUGGCGCCGUGCGGACGUGUCCCGGCCCGGAGACGCGGGCCGGGCCCUCUCCUCGCCGCCCCUUUCCUCUGGCUGCUCGUGGCUCUCGGGUCAGCCCGGGCACAGCAGCAAGGCGGGGCAGCGGCGGUCGGGGCCGCCCAGGGGUUCCCGGGGCAGCAGCCGGCGGCCGUAGGGGGAUUGGGGGGCCAGCCGCUGCCUCAGUUGGGGCUGGGAGCACUCCCGGGUGGCGGCGGAGGCGGAGCUGGGGGUGGCCGUCUGCCCCGCGGGGGCUCCUCGGCGGGAGGCGGCUGGAAGCUGGCGGACGAGCCGGUGUGCCGCGAAGACGUGACCCGCGUCUGCCCCAAGCACAGCUGGGCCAACAACCUGGCCGUCCUCGAGUGCCUGCAGGACGUGCGGGAGGUGAGCGGGGCGGGGAGCCCCUCCUAGCUGGUGGGGAAACUGAGGCCAGGGAGGUCGGGGGAGGGCGUCGGGGCAGUGGACCCCCAUGGAGCAACUUUUUUGCGGCGGGCGGCUGCAGGGAGAGGCCAGCCCAGGUGCGGAGCAAUGCACAUAGCCACUCCUGGCAAUUUUAGGAAACCUGCAUCUGACCCAGGUUUACCCUGUCCUCCGUCACUCUCCGGUGUAACCAAGAAGUGGCGUCCAGGAUGGAGGUCUGCGGCCAGGACCAUGCGCGCAUGCAUAGCUCCUCCUGGCCCCGGUUGCCAAGAGUUAGGGAGCAAGUGCAGCCCCUUCGCCAGUAGCUCCCUUUCCCUUCUGGCGCAGGAGCAAAUCCUUGUUUUCAAGGGAAAAGGCCGAAGGGCUGCACGGGAAAGCGAGGACACUUCUGUGGGCAGAACCCGUUUUCUGGCUCAGGCAGGCCUGCCGACAGCGGUGUUGCCCAUUCCUGGCAUUCAUAGUUUAAAAGAAAACGGGGAAAGGAGCAGAGAGAGAGAGAGAGAGAGAGAGAGAAAACGUUGCUGUUUCAGGGAAUUGGCCCAGGUGAAUAUACUUAACAUGAUAGUCCCCCCCACCAUUGUGAUGUUCUUGAAGAUAAAGCUUAUGCUGGGUACUUUGUGAGUAGGGAUUGUCUUUCGGUCACACCCUCGUGGCUGGUUGAGUUGUGUUAAACUGAAUCAAUCCUGCUAUUUCUAUUCCAACAGAGGUAGACAGCUUGAUCCUAUAAUUCAGGACUGGCAAAACUCCUUACCUGGCUGCUUGCGACAAGAAUCUCCUCUGUUUGUCCAUGGAGGGAGGCUUUUGUAAAUACAAGAGCUUUCUUUUUCUUUCAUGCACUGUGCCACAAAUGACUAAUAUAGGUAGGUGUGUGUGCGGUCAGGCUAGUAACACUUGUGGCUUUUAAUCAUAAGUCAACUACAGGUUCACUUUAGCAGCUGUAGAGCAAAUAAUAGUUUGCAAUUUGAGACGCAUAUGGGAAGAGUAAUUGAUCUCUUGCCAUAGUGAGUAUGGCAUUUUGUGUUGGGUCAUUUGUGGGUCUGUUUUCAAUAUCAACAUGUAAUAUGCCUAUUGAAGCAACCUUAGGUUGACAAUCUGUUUCCAGCUUCAGACUAGCUAGCUUGGCAGGAAUGUAUGAAUUCAGAGUUACUGCUGAUAGAAAUUGUUGUAAGUUUAGCUGGAGUUACUAGAUUGUUACACAAGUUAUUGCUUGUAAACAGAAAAAUUGGAACUGAGGAAGCUGCCUUAUACUGAGUCAGAUCAUUGCUCUGUCUAGCACAGUAGUGUAUACAUUGACUGGCAGUGGGGUCUUGCAGGUUUUCAUAUAAAGGACAUUUCCAGACCUACCUGGAGUUGCUGAGGACUGACCUUGCAAACUGUAGGACACAAAACAGAUGCUUUACCAUUGCCUUAUGGCCUGUCCUGUAGGCUGUUCAACUUGAAAUUCUUAUCUGUGUUUCUGUGGUUCAGUAUAGGAUGUACAAGUCUCAGAAAUGACUUAACAACUGCUCAUUGUCAUUCUUUGAGAUACCUUCUCUGAAUAGAAAUCAACCAAGUUUAUUUUAGGUCUCUGGCUAUUUCUGCGUGUUUUCAUAAGAAGUGGGGAAAUUUUUAGGAAGCUCUAAGUUGGACAUCCUGAGAACCCUAGAUCCCAGUGCAACCUAAGUCAGUACAGGAGUGUUUCCCACAAUCUUGUAAAGACUGUACAGUGGUACCGCAGGUUACAAACACUUCGGGUUACAGACUCCGCUAACCUGGAAGUAGUACCUCUGGUUAAGAACUUUACCUCAGGAUGAGAACAGAAAUCACAUGAUGGCGCAGCAACAGCGAGAGGCCCCAUUAGAUAAGUGGUACCUCAGGUUAAGAACGGACCUCCAGAACAAAUUAAGUUCUUAACCAGAGGUACCACUGGACUCAGAUACACUGUCCCAGCACAUUAGAGCUACAUUGGGCACUUCUGGCAAUGCAACUGAUUCUGGGAGAAGUCCAAGAAAGAGCAUAUCAGUUGAACCUUCCAACCCUGGUGAGAAAAUGUGCAUAGAAAUUUGCUGCAAGCAGAAAAGAUUGCUGGUUGUGAGAUUUUGGGGGGAUAUAUUUUAAAAGUGAACCCUCCACCAAUAUUUUAAUGAAAGUAUGUAAAACACUUAUUUUGUGAUUAAACUGUUUAUAAACUUUUCUAAAUAAAUGACUGAAACAUAGUUUGUUCUUUAAAGUGAGAUUGUUUACUUAUUUAAAUUAAAAGAUAAAGAGCCCUAACAGUCAUCUGAUGCUGUGACAUUAACAUUGGAUUUGAAUUUCUGAAUUCAUUGUUUAGUAUUGCAUUUAUAGAUGGGUAAGUUCCUGGAUUCAGAAAGUGUUUCACUUUCUGGCUGAGCCAAACUAAGUGAAGGCCAUGUGAACGAAUCACCAUUUCCACUCAUUCCCUCUUUGCUUGGUUUGUGAUAUGCAGUAUUGCAGGGGUCAGGAGUUCUGUGUCACAUUUGUGUAUCCCUCCAACAUCGUUCCUGGCUUGAACUUAAGCAAUUAGACUGCAUUGCAGGGUUGGAUUGAGACACAGGAAGCAUGCACAACCACUGAUCUAAUGGCCCAGCAUACUGUUUUGAUGCUGAGGAGUGGAAACAGGGUCCCAUAUACGUCCCUCUGUGUGCAGGUGCUGUGCCUGAACAAGUAUGAAUUAUGUCUGGAUGGUUUCCUAUCUCUUGGUGUCAUUGCUUGGAGUGCAGUUCAGAAACUGAACUUUGUGAGUUGACAUUCAUUGUCAAUAUAUCUUCAGCAUGAACAAGCAUAAUGCAGAAUGUGGUGUGUAUGCCUCUCUGGAUUGUGGCCUGUUUCUUACAAUGUUUGUAGAGCUUUCAGGUAUUUAAAGCACUUCACAUUUAUUAACUUGUAAUCCUUACAACAACCUUGUAAUAUUACAGUAUUAUUAUCCUCUUUAAAGCAGAUAGAGUGUGGUGGUGGGGGUGAAGUAGGUGACUAAGGCUGAGAGACUGGCUUGUUUAAGGCCACCUAGUGAGGUUAUUCCAGAGGAGAGAAUUGAACUAGGGAUAUUUGAUUACUGAUAGCUCAGUCUCUUAGUCAUUAUGCCUAACUAAUUGUAGCUGACACUUGUCGAGUAUUUAUUGUACAGGUGUGCCCUUUAGUUCUCUGUAUGAAUGUGCAUUAAGAUGUAGCAGUAUCAGAGAAGUAAAGUUUCGUAAGCCACAGACAUAACACUAGUUCUCCACAGUCAAAACUCCUAGAGGGUGCUGCAGCCUUCAUUGGAGCGGUGUGCAGAGUCAAAGUGCUUGCUCGUGUGUGUCACAAUAUGUUAUGUACUGAUAAUGGGUACAUAAUUUAGCUAAAUAGACAAUUUUGUUGCUAAAUUAAUCCUGUGAUUUGUUGAUUAUAUUAUAGGGAUGUCCACACACUCACCAGCAGCCACCUGCAAUAUAGAGAUAUACUCACCUUCCUUAAAGAAUGGUUGCAUGGGUUACUAAAAUGUACUUGAAAAGUUUUGUUAGACACAUGGAGUUACUACAUCCACAUGAUCACACUGGGGAUUUCAGAUUCCUACAUCUGAGUAAUUGCCUUCCUUUUAAAUUUACAAUUUUCUGAUUUACCUGUAUAUUCUACUGAAUUCAGUAAUGCUUACUCCAGAUUGGUGUGCAUAGUUUGUAAAACAUUGUAGCUUCAAUUCAGUAACAUAUUUUUGCAAUUUAUAUUGUUCCCACUCUGUGCUACAUUGUACAAAUUUGUUUUAUCAUUUGUACAGCAAUCCUAUACUGUAUACACAUGACUAUGUCUAAGGCCCAUUGAACUAACUGGGACUUCCAACUGGGUUGUGCUGUAAUCAUUUUAAUUUCAUACCCUUAAUUUAAGGGGUGGGAACUAGGAACCCUUUUUCUAUGGCAUAAAAACAUUUAAAAUGUUACAUUCCUUUCUCACUUUCUUGUCUUGUAUCAUCAGUUAAAAAUCCAAUAGGUAGUGUAGCAGUGAGAAAUUAAUGUAAGCAAACUUGAGUUGGCGAUGUAGUGGUAUGGCAGAACGGACUGUCUAGGCAUACUUUUUUAAUAACAGUACAAAGCUGAAAAUGAAUGAACUGCAGCUAAAAUCUUAUAUUCAUUUUUCACAUGGUCGCGUCCUCAUUUGAAGACUGCAAAAAACAAAGCCAUGCUUCCUCUGCCUGCCCCCCUAAUAUUCUUAAGAGGGUCUCUUCUCCAGUCUUUAGAGAGUGGCUGGAAGUGGGGAGGCAGAAGAAAGGUCCUCCUUUCCUUCCACUCUGCAGUUUUAAUCUGAAAUUUUAGGAGCAGUACUGCACCCAGAGCUCAAAAACUGCUCAUGCUAAUGAAAUUCCAUUUUGCAAAACAUGCCUAGAACAAUGGGAGGUUCGAACGCUGUUCGCAUCAUCAAAUUCUGUUGAAUUGGAAUGUCACCCAGAGGGUUCAGUUUUUUAGCCUAAGUGUUUCUUGUGCUGCUAUCUGAUUUGUGUGUGUUAAGAGCUGUCAAGUUGCUUUAAAUUCAGUAGAUAACCUAAUAUGUGUAAUAUUUGUGAUGGGUGUAGACUGUUUUUGACAACAUCUGUUAUCUUCAUAGAGCCGCCGCCGUUCUGUGGUGUGCAGGAUUCUGCUUUGUCUGGAAUUUGAAGUAUUUGUCACAUACUGACCUAGUUUAUUUAGAAAAUGGAUAAGCCACUUAAUCAAAGAGUGUUCUCUGGGUUUGGGUGUAUUGUUCCUGGUCCAACAAAGUAUAGCUUGCUGGAGUGGAAAAGAGCAACAAACUUAAAUAAGUGCUUCCUUAUCACAACCUCCAGUGGAGACUGUUUUGUUAAAUCACAGUUUCUCCAUUACAUUGCAACAGGAAGACUGGUUUUAACAAACCAGAAAAACUCUGUUUUGCAGCUGGGAAUGAGAGAGGAGGAUAUGGGGGAAGGAAUGCUCUUGCUCAUUGCUUGUUGCAAGAAUAUGGACCAAAAAGUGUUAAGUGUGAGCUGGGUCAGUGUGCCUUUUGCUUGGAUGCUGUCUUGUACCUUCUUGUGGAACAGAGUGCUUUUUUUGCCCACUUCUGCCAAUAAGUAACAGAACCUUUCAGAAAGGUGCCCAGAAAAUUUAUUAGUCCAUUAGAAACAUUACCCAUGCUAUUGGCAUGUACCUCUGGACUGCAAAGCAUCUUGAACAGUGAGUCUGAUAUGUUUUGUCUUAAAGGAGUUGUACAUAUUUAUUUAUACUGAGAAACAAUUGUCCAAAGAGAAAGAUAAAACAACAAGCUCAAAUCAUUUUUUUAUUUUUUAUUGAUUACACUUUAUAGCCCACCUUUCCCCCCAAGAAGUUCGUGGUGCACAUAGUUUUCCCUCCCCAACUUAUCCACACAAUAAAUUUGUGAGGUAGGUUAGACUGAGAUACAGUGACUGGCCCAAGGUCACCCAAUGAAAUUCAUGGCCGAGUAGGGAUUUGAACUCUGGUCUCCCACGUCAUAGUUCAACACUCUAACCAUUAUAAUACACUUGCCCUUAAAAGAAGGCAGGUCCUUCUUUUAGGUCCCACUGCAUUCAGGUAAGUGUGAGGACUGCUGCCUCAGAGUAAGUCCUCAAUGAGACUUACUUCUGAAUAGACAUAUUAUAUAUGUGUAAGUCUUGUUACCAGAUGGACAAUGAACUGAUGAAAGGUGAAUGUGAAAAUAGAACGUUAGUAAAAUUUGCAAGUGUCACGUAACUUCAAGAAAAAAGGUGACUAUUUUGCAGUGAUUCUCAGUUAGUUUAGCUUAAAGUAAUUUGCAGUAACAAAGUUGUUGAUGACAACAAUUUGUAGGUCACUAUUUGAUCUUAGUUUAAUGAACCUGCUGAGCCUGAAACCCUUGACUUCAUUUGUGUCCAUGAAGUUAUGGGUAGAGUGGAUGACUUGUAAAUACCACCUUUAUCCUAGAAGGGGAUGGAGUAACAAAACAUCAGUGCUUAACAGGAUUGCUGUCCUUGGGUAGAUUAGGAGCAGAGCAUUGCAUUAAUGAUAAAUUAGCAGAGUUUUGUCUUCUGUCCCCUGCAACUCUUCUCUCUGCUAAAAUGUGCUAUUAUGCCUCUUGCAUAUUGCAAUAACUUUUCUGGGUUUAAAAGUAAACCUACAUAUGUUGUUAUUACAAAUUGGAAUGUGACUGCUUUAGUGAACUAACCAAUUAAGUGUUGAUCAAGACUUUUAAAGCAUUAACAUUGUAAGAAUAACAAAGAAAAUCACCAAUGAGUUGGAUACCUAUGCUAAUUACAAAAAAACAAAGACUGUUGUUAAUGCCUUCCUACAUAACACUAAGCAACAGUUUGUUUAAGAGUUGUCUCAUAGAUGAGCAAACAAGUCAUGACUUGCUUUUCCAGAGCUUGGUUUAUUUUCCUGCCACUGUUGCUUUUGUAGCUUGGUGUUUGGGGUUGGAUGGCUAAACCAACCACUCAAAGUAGUUGACAGUUUUAAAAAAUGGCUUAUGAUCCAAUAUGAUACAAAAAGAAAAAUAAUGAGGAAGAAAGAAGAAAACAAGCAAAUUCAAGCACCAGAGCUUUCGUAAUGGUACAUAAUGAAGUUUCAUGCAGAGAGGUGGUAUGUUGGAGACAGUUCAGGAGUGUGGGAGGUAGAGCCAAAUGGCUGCUGAUCCCAGCCUGGCUGUUGUGCCAGGAUGGUAUGUCUAAAAAAAGCUACAUGGAAAACUUUAUGUAUGUAUAUGUUUAAUAGGGGAUUCCAGCAAGUGUUUGCACGUGUGCCUGGUGUUCUUGAAUUGAUAUCGUGUUUAACUGUUCUUGAAUUGAUAUCAUGUUUAACUGUUGUGUCAUUGUAAAAUGUUUUGAAUGCCUAUAUUCUUUUGCCUGUGCCUUUUGCAAUAAGACAGGCAUGAUAACUUCCUGUCAGUAUGAAAAUUUAAGUGAGCAGAUGGUGCCUGGAGAUUUGCAGCAGUGUCGCUAGAAGAGUUUCAGUCAUUAAGCAGUUAGUAUAGCUGUUUAACUCAUUAGUUAAGGCUCAUUAAUGGGUAGUUGACAAUAAAAAUGUAGUAAGCAGGUAGUUUACCUAUUUCCAGCAGAGUCUGGACAAGAUUCUCAUGUUCACACUUGUAUAGCUUGAGUAAGAAGCAUGAACUGAAGCAAAUAGGGAUUGAUGUACUCUGAGGAUGUGUCUUAAGCCUUUGGAGGAAGGGAAGCUGAUUAGAGUGGUCUUCUUCCCUAGGCCCCUGCACUGCAGUUUGAUUAGUUAAGGUAGAUAAUCCCCACCCCUGCAUCUCUCUAACCACAGAGUAAUAGAUUGCUGUGGUGAUGAGUCAUGCUUGUGUUUUAACUGCUGUUACUUGAAUGCUCUGGCAGUUCUAUUCCUUUUCACUUAUCUAGUUUGAACUGUGUUAAAACUGUGUUUGCUUUCAUGCUCUGAAUGAAUCUUCUAGAAAACUCAUUGUACUUGUUUUUCCCCUCAGUAUGUUGCAGGUUCCACAGAAUCUGAGCUGAACAGAUACUUCAGGGAAACGCAGUAAAAGUAACGGAUUUGGAUUCCACCUUUGUGCAGGAAUUGUACAGAGAAAUAGUGUUCUUCCUUAACCAAACUUUUACUAGGUGCACAUGAUUUCUUAGAACAGUUGUGCCUGUUAGAAAUUAGUCAUAUGCAGGCUGAGAGCAAGUGGGAUAAGAAAGGUUGUUUCUCAACAUUCUGUGUCCUUGGUCUUCAUGGCCUUCAGUGUGUUGGUGGUGAAGCUGAUUCACUUUCUUGGGAUAGGUGGUUGUGGUUGGAAGUGAUCUCUAUGUUCUUCCCAAUCAUAACUCUGGCAAAGUGGGAUUUGUCAUGACAGGGGUCCCCAGAGUGUCUUUAUUAAUUUCUUUAGAAAUUUUUAUAGAUUUCCUUAGAAGAAUUUACAUGGCUUAAUAAGAAAACUCUUAAGCUGCCAACAUUGCCACUAUUUUUGUAUGCGCAAAUGCUACGGGAUAUCUGUUUAAAAAAUGGUAGCUGUCACCUGCCUGACAUUGUGGCUUGGAGUUGGUGAGUAGGAUAUUUGCGGUUUUAGCAACAGCACAGAAGAACUAGAAUGAGAAUGUUGAAGGUAUAAGCAGCAUUCAAAAUUAGCUAGGUGCUAGUUGCAUUUUAAGACAGGCUGCUGGCCUUUUGCGAGGCAAUGAAGAUGUCCGGGUGCCAAGUUUGGUGCCUAACAUCUCCAUCUGGCUGGCUGGCAUGAGCAAUCAGUUGGUCUGCAGAGCAGCAGGCCUGCUGCACAAAUCAGCUAAUCUGUGGGGUAGCAGUGUCCCAUAGAUCACCUGGCUUACACAGCAGAAAAGAGGCAUACCUUUUGGUACUGUGAGCCAGGUGAAUCUCCUCACCUGGCCAGCUGCUCCAGCUCCUCAGCCUCCAGUGGCUCCACUUCAUCCAGGAGGCUUGUAUUCUCCUUGACUCCCUCUACUGCUGAAUUGUCUGCUGGCACUAGGCUGCUUCCUGUUGUGCUGUUUUCGCUCAACAGAGGCUGCUUGGGCCUGGCCUUGUUUGGGCAAGCCCUGCAGCAGACAGUUGCUCCUGGUGGUGGCAGGGGAUGGCAGCAAAGUCAGCCAAGAAACCUUUUAGGGCUGCCGCCUGGAGCUCCACUGGCACUGUGGAUGUGGAGCUGCUUGUUCUGCUUCUCCAGCUGCCUCUCCAGCUCCUGCACUUGGGCAUCGGGUUCACAUUGGAGUUAAUGUCCUCCAUGGUGCCCCAUGACUCUACCCAACCCCAUGACCCUCUCUGCUGCUUCCUUCUCGUCCCCCUAUUCUUCCUCCCUCCCUUUCUCACCAUUGCCUUCUGUACUCCAACAGUUUCAGAGUUAAGGCUGGGCGGGGGGGGACUUAGUUUCAAAUUGUUUGUUUUGCCUAUUAGUUCUGUUUUGUGAUGUUGCAGGUGGAGCAGAGGCCUAGGCCUUCCUUGAGGGAUUUCUUGUAGAUCUCUGUUUUCUCUUUGACCCAAUGCUUUAUUCUCUUUCUUAGGUUAGAUCUGGUACGAAAACAUUUACAGUGGUACCUCGGGUUAAGAACUUAAUUUGUUCUGGAGGUCCGUUCUUAACCUGAAACUGUUCUUAACCUGAGGUACCACUUUAUCUAAUGGGGCCUCCUGCUGCCGCUACGCCGCCGCCGCACGAUUUCUGUUCUUAUCCUGAAGCAAAGUUCUUAACCUGAGGUGCUAUUUCUGGGUUCUGUAACCUGAAGUGUCUGUAACCCAAGGUGCCACUGUAUUUGAACCAGAACAAAGAAGCAAGCAAUUUUGGGCACAUGGUGAUAUUAAGUGCGUAGGCUUUUGCUGGCAGAUGCUUAGCCUGUCUUGUGUCAAGUAAAUAUAUAUCUCCUAUUUCAGAUCUGGUGUUGAGCAUACUUUGCAAGUUUCCAUUUUAGUUUAAAGAAAAAUCUCCCUGCUAUUUGAUGUCCCUAAAGUCUAUGGAUCAACUUUUGUGAAACCCAAAGUUUCUGAUCUUUUCAGAAUUAAAUACAUACUGUUUUAUAGAAAACAUUUUAAUGGAAACAAGCAAUGCUGAAAAGUGCCCAGAUGAUAUGGAAAUAACUCAUUUUGUAGUGAUUAUGUAAAGAGGGAGGAAAAGGCUAUCUGAGAUGAAUGGGGAGGAGAUUCUCACCUAAUUUACAUGUAGGAUAACUGCUGGGUGUUCUGAUUCUGCCCUGUGCUGUGUUAAUGUCCUUUGUGGAGAAAUCCUCAUAUGUGUGAGAGCAAAGGUCCUGCUGCUUUUGUUUUGUGAGUCAGUUCAUAGUUCUAUGUUAGCACUGAGGCAGGAGGCAGAAAAUUGUAUCAGCUAUUUCUGGAAGGUAGGAUGAGGGGAGCAAGGAGUCCAGCUUAAAUAUGGCAUGAAAUGUUGCAUUUGUGUACUGUAUGUGUGUUAAGCUUUAGUUCCACCAAAGAGAGUAAGAGAGAUUCUCUCAUAAAGUUAAGAGACAUAAUACAUUUAUUUGGGUAUGUGUGUGACUCUGCAGGGUGGCAUUGCAUCCUGGCGCCAUUACGCCUUAGGGAGAAUAAAUGGAACCAGGCUGUAAACUGUUCUACCCUUUUGCAUUAGCUUCUCAUCAUCAGAGCUAUAAUUUAUUGUUCACUGAUCUGUGUCUUCAAUUAACCAAUAUUGACACAGCUGAACCUUCCAUUAAGGAAUGAAUAUUCACUGAGAAGCUUGAAUGUGGCAACUACUGGGCUAGUUUGGAUUAUCUCCAUAUCUGUAAGCCUACACUGGCCCUGUUUAGCAGCUGUGUAACCAAACCAAUGAUCUGAACCAUACUGUGAUGCUCAGUCAAAUGACAGAUUUCUAAUAGUACAGGUAUAAGCCCUUGCAUUUACAGACAAAUGUGUGUUUUGGGGGCUCAUCUGCUGUAAACAUUGGUUGGAAUAAAAAUAUCAAAAUAUAGGCCUUAUUAUAGGGAAGGCGUCUGAGAGUGAGCAGUCAUAUUGGAUGGUGCUGCUCAUGUUCUUGUGGAAGGACACAAUCUUCUUCUGAAGCUUAGGUGGGCAUCCUAUCUUGUUGAGCAGUGUGAAGAGUCCUUUUUGGCUGACGAGGUCAAAGACCUUUGUCAGGUCUAUGAAGACUAUAUACAAGGGCAUCUCAAUUUUCAGCAUUUUUCCUGCAGCUGGCGCAGUAAGAAAAUCAUGUCAAAGCCCCAUUGUGACUUUGGAUAGACCCUAGUAUGAUGAUGUGUGGAAUAAUGCUGUUUGCCCAUAUACAUAAAGAACGAAUUCAAAGUGUAGGUGCAAAAGGCAGCUAGAAUUAGGGUGUGGAAUGCAGGACCUGGAAAAUGGGUACAAACUAGGUGGGCUUUUUUUUUUUUUUUUUUUUUUUGGCGAUUCCUUGUGUGCCUGUGCACAGUCAAAAACUUUUGAGUGUUGGCUUGCAAUUCUUGAACUGUUUGAUCUAUUAAUAUGUCUAACCCAAUAUGCUGUCGUGUGUUGUGCUGUUGCCUCCAGAUGCAAAAUGGACAUUGUGGCCUUUUCACUAUUAUUUUGCACUAUAAAGACUUUCAAAUGAGAAUAAAUUAAAUGCCAGCAUCUGCAUUGUAUUUGUAGAAGCACUUUGGUGUCCAUCUAAGUAAGUUUCCGAAUGAGAGUACCUUUGGGAAAUGUGCAGGUUAAGUCACAUAGGAAGCUCCUUGAUCUUGUGUCUUGUACAUACUGACUGGCAGCAGCAAUAUUUCAGACCAGGAGUUUUCCCAGACCUACCAUAUAAUAAUGGGGAAAAAUGUUUUCACCUUUGAUGCACAGUGGAGAGCAUACUUGACUGUAGACAGAUUGCUCUCAUGUAUAAACAUGCAGCCACCAACAGUAAGGAGGAGAGCACAAUUGUUUGAUGGCUAAGAUGUGAGGUAUACAAGAUGAUCCUCAAACUUUGAUUAUAUAAAUGACAACCGGGGGGGGGGGGAGUGCAUCAUGGAUUACUGCAAACUGAUGCAAAAGUAAUACAUGUUGCAAACUGAACAAGUGCAUAGAUGCUUUCAACAUUACUGCCAUAACUUUCAACAUUACUGCCAUUGUGGUCAGAACAACAAACCUGUCAAAUGUUAAUGUUACCGUUGCCUUUGGCUUACUAAUGACAUUGAUAUUCUGACCACAAUAAUUUCACAUGCUCUUGAAGAAGGAAUGCAAAAUGCAGUCAAUUAGGAAACCUGCAAAGGUUGAGCAGGCAGAACAGUGCAAUACUGAGUUGGUCUAUGUACAGGGAUUUUAUAACUCACAGCAAAUCUUAAUGAUAUAUGUGGUUGUUUGGAUUUGAGAGUUUUUGUUUGAGAAAUAUAAGUGAUAUGAUCAUGUAUCCUCACAAUUCCAGCUAAUGAAUGAGUUGAGAAUCCAAGUAUCUUCCAAAGUGAAAGUAUUGACUACUAAUGUCUCUCCUUUUUUGCUGAAGGAUGCACUUGCACGGACCUUUUGUUGAGUGUGCGGUGCAGGUUGUCAUGACGAUUUGGGCACUUUUCAGUGAUUGAUGGAUCCACUGAUUUCUGUACAAAGUGUGCUGUGCAGAGGUGUUGAACAGGACAAGAUCGGUCAUUUCUGAGUUAGUUAGAUAUAUUGACAGUUUCUCCAGUAAGAUGGCAGCUGACAGGCAUAAUAUGCAAGCACUUGUUAAGACAUAGCUGCUACUUACUUCACAAAUUUGUGGUUACUGUGCUCAGCAGAACUCAGCAAGAGGCUUCCCCCUUGUGUUGGCUUAAAUUUAUUAAACAUUUAUACACAGUUAAAUAAUAUUUGUAUUUUGAAAAGCAGUUCACAAACUAGGAUAACAGUGAAACUCAUAACAUGCAAUCUAUGAGCAAGAUGAAGGCAGCACAGGAGCAAAGUCAUUUAAUGAUCAAAGGCCAGUAGAAGCAAAAGUGUUAUUUAGCAGGGAAGAUAUUGUGUGGUGUUUUCUUGGCAGAGGAUCCACAAAAUUGGGUCUGCAACAGGGGAGGUCCUACUUCUAGUGGAUGUUAGCCUCGUGCAGUGGAAUUCAUUAGAAUAUCUUAUGUACUGGUGGAUUUGUAUGGGAGAAGAUGUUCUCUGACAAAAUCAGAUUAAAUCCAAUUGACAGCUAGUGCUAAUAUUUCAAAACAGGUUAUAUAUGUGCACCUGGAUCUACAUGUGAAUAUCUGUCUAUACCUGCUAACAUGCAGGCUGCCACUAGCUAAUGUUUCUAAAUCAUUUUGAAAAAGCAGCUCUGGUACUGGCCAGCUCUUCUAUCUUUUUAGCAGAAUUACGGUAGAUGCUAAUGGCUUUGGGUUUUCUCUCUUUUCCUGUAACACUGUGGCUGGUUUAGCUUGAUGGGCCAUCUAGAGUAGUUUGCUUUGUAUGUCUCUUUCUGCACAAUUCAUGCUCUCCAAUUAUGCUGUGGGUUGCCAAUAGAGUUUAAUAGACUUCAGCUGCCUGUUGGUUCCUGCAUGAUUAUUCUUUGUAGUUCAGCGUGCUGGGGUUGUCUUGGAUCUGCACUAUGAUGUUGAUCAGGACUGCUGCUCAUUGGCCAAAGACUCUGGGUUGAUUGAAGGAAGGAGUCCAGAUAGUAUACUUGCAUGCUUUCAAUUCCACUUACUGACAACUGCUGUGUGCUGAACCCAUGGGGUUCAUAUUUAAACCACAGUAAGAGUAAAUGUAUGUAACUAAUGUCAAGCCAAGAAGUAUAUCUUACUGGUGAGGGGGUAGUAUUAGGGGGCAGGAGGGAGGGAGCUGCUUGGCAUCCAUGUUGUAUCUCCUGAUAUUCUAACCAGAAUAGAAUAUAGAAUUGUAGAUUUGGAAGGGCUCAUGGGGCUCAUGUAAUCCAGCUGCUUGCAAUGCAGGAAUCUUUUGCCCAACAUGGUGCUUUAACCCUGUCUCAUGCUCUACCAACUGAACUAUCAUAGCAUAGUCCUUUGGGAUUCCUGCUAACUGAGCUCUUUUUAAAAGUUCUGUUCACUUUUUAAAAAAUGAAGCAAAUGGCUUAUCUCAAAGCAGUUACAGAUGUUGCAGUUCUUAGUAGGAGGGAGCCAAUCCAGGUGGACUUGUACAAUGAAAAUGCUGACCGAGGAAAAAAAUUCCUCCCUCUAGCUCAAAUGUAUGAAAAAUCUCGUUUCAUAGCAAGACUUUGCAAAGGAAAGCCAGAGCAAGACAUUACUAAAAGCAAAAGCAUAAUUAGUUAUGCUCAGUGUAACAGCCGUGAAAACUGUGCUGGGGACACUUUUCAACUUCAGUCUUCUUGCUUGCAUGAGUCUACUCUGUUCCUCCUACUAAAGGAGUGUCAGUGCUAAUGCUGGGGCUGAUGGGAGUUGUAGUCCAAACAUCUGAGGGUACCAAGCAGGCAAAGACCAGUCUAUGCUUAAAUGAAAUGAUCUGGUAGGGCUUUGAGACCAGUAAAAGGUGAACAGGAACUUCAGUUGGAAUUUCCAGUAUUUGCGGAUAUUUGAAGAGUAGCUAAGUUCUAAGGUCUCUAAAACAGUAGUUAUUGCUGUAAAUAGAUGGUAGGGAGCAAUCAGUGGGAUAUAAGUAUAUGUUAUAGUCUGUCUUUCCUUGUGCAGUCUAAGGCAGUUAACACAAUAAUAAAAUGCCACAAACAAAAAACACCAUUAACAAUGAACCACUUAGAAUAGCUCAAUUGGGAGUGUGGCGCUAAUUAUGCUGCGGUUGCAGGUUUGAUCCCUGAAAGGGCAGCUGCAUAUUCCUGCAUUGCAGGGGGUUGUGCUAGAUGAUCUUCGGGGUCUCCUCCAACUCUAUGAUUCUGAAAAACGGCAGCAAUAACAAUGGAAUAGAUUUGUACGAGUAUAAUAAGGCUGAGCUGUACGACCCAUCCUUGGGAAAAGGUAUUGACGCAGCAGCGGAAGGCUGAUGAGAGCUCCCUAGGCAGGGAGUUCUGAGUCUAGGCACAACAACAAAGAAAUGUGGACUUGGAGCAGACAAGAGGGUCCCUCUGUUGAUGAUCUUAAUGAGCCAGGCAGGCUCACAUAUGGAGAGGAGGUCCUUCAGAUAUCUUGCUCAUAAAUCAGAAGACUUUAAAGGUCACACAUAACCAGGCUUUUCAGUUAGCCUGGAAACAAAUAAGAGAGCUGGUGCAGCAGUUUCAACAGUGAGGUUAAUCAGCUACCUGGCUGCCACGUUUUGAACAAGCUACAGCUGCUGGACACUUUCAAAAGCAGUCCCACAUACAAUGUAUUUUCUUUGCAUGCAGACCACCAAUACAACGGUCCAUUAAUUUCAAUGUGUUUACCCUGAAUAUUAUUUUGUAAGGUUUAAAAACCAAAUUCUAGUUAUUUUUUAAAUAGCCCAUUCAAGUCUGAAAUCGGCCUUAAUAGUAGUUAAUGGGUGUUGAGAAGGUACUGAGAUGAGAGUAAGCGUCAAAGUUUUAAAAGUAUGGGCAAUCUACUUCCACCAUCUGCUUUUACAAGGGAUGAUUAUUGUUGUGCCAUCUAAGGGACUACCAUGCCUCUACCCACUACUUCAUUAGUGUUCCAGUAGUGUAAGGUGCUCACAAACAAAUUAGUUGGGUUGUUCUUGGCACUUAAAUGAAAUGUGAACCCUUUUAGACAUAGGCAAGGCAAGUGUUGCUUCAUCAUUGUGAGAUUUUCUAGAAUCCUGUGGCUUCUGGCCACAUGAAGUCUCAGCUGAGGGUCCCUCUGGGACUUCCACCAGAAGGUUGCCAAGCUGUUAUUGCAUUACCUUGUGCUCUGCUUCCUUUGUGGCCUUGGCUGAAUUUUUUGGGGCAAUUUGGACAAUGACUUUUUGUUGGAAGUGCCUUGUCAGUCACUUGGAUGUGCGUAGCUUGCGUCAAAGUCUCUUUUCUAAUUAAACUUUGCUUUUUAAAAUAUUUGAUUUAGGCUGGCUUUUAAACUAAUUAAUUUUAAAAAUAAAGUCUGGUGGCAUCUUAAAGGCUAAUGGAAUAAUAAAAGCUUUCAUGAACAAUCUACCAACUGAGGAUAACAUUUCACACAUGUGCUGGAGCGGGCCAUGGCCCGCAAAAGCUUCUGCCACAUAGAUUCUGUUGGUCUUUGCAAUGCCACAAUAGACGAACACACCUGCCUUUUGAUAAUCUGUCACUAUGAUUAAUUUAACGUAGGCUUAAUGAAUGCAACAGCUCAAUGACUGCAUCUUUUGGGUGAUCUUGAAGGAAGCGGACCACAGCCUUCUGCUGUGGAGAACUUAGUAGCAAGCAAGCAAGCUGCUACUUGUUGCUGGAAGGGAUAAGUAUUCUUCCUUUUCAACAAAUUUACCAAAAUGUUACCUAUUUGUAAUAGGGCAUAAAGGUUGCCAGCCUGUCCCCAGAAGUGCCCUAACCCAUAAAAGUAUGCCAAAAUACAGUCAUACCUCCGUUUACGUAACACCCUGGUUACGUAAACUUCGGGAUGCAUGCGCGGCAAACCCGGAAGUAUUUUACCGGGUUUCACCGCAUGCGCAGAAGCAACCCUCAGGUUGCGGAACAUCAGGAUUCGACUGGACCUCCGGAAUGGAUCCUGUCUGCAACCGGAGGUACCACUGUAUCUUGUGUAAAUUAAUAUGCCUGUUUAUUCUAGUUGGGGGUUUAUUUGGACAGGGAUGCGGGUGGCGCUGUGGGUUAAACCACAGAGCCUAGGACUUGCCGAUCAGAAGGUUGGUGGUUCGAAUCCCCACAAUGGGGUGAGCUCCCGUUGCUGGGUCCCUGCUCCUGCCAACCUAGCAGUUCGAAAGCACGUCCAGCUGCAAGUAGAUAAAUAAGAACCGCUCCGGCAGGAAGGUAAACGGCGUUUCCGUGCGCUGCUCUGGUUCGCCAGAAGCGGCUUAGUCAUGCUGGCCACAUGACCCUGAAGCUGUAUGCUGGCUACCUUGGCCAAUAAAGUGAGAUGAGCGCCACAACCCCAGAGUCGGCCACGACUGGACCUAAUGGUCAGGGGUCCCUUUACCUUUACCUAAUGCAUGAGACAUUCUAAAUUUCAAAGAAAAUAAUUCAGCCAUCUGUAUUAAGGAAGAUGAACUAUGAUUCCAGUUGAACGCUGCCAACUUCUGUUAUUUUUAUUUAUCAGAAGGAAAGAAGACAAUCAUAGGGUUGGAAGGGACCACAAGGGUUUUCUAAUCCAACCACCUGCAAUGCAGGAAUCUUUUGCCCAAUGUGGAGCUUGAACCCAUUAUCCUGAGAUAUCCAUGCUCGUACCAACUGAGCUAUCCUGGGUUAUGUGAAACAUUUUUAUCCUGCUGUUCACCCAAAAAGGUUUCUAGAGCAGCUUAUAGAUCUGUAAAAAAGACACAUUUACAGUCUAAAAGGUCUGGUGCUAGAAAAAAAAAUUACGUGGAGGAAUGUUAGGAAGACUGAAGCUCAAGUUCAGGGGUGACGAACCUUUUUCAUCCAGAGAGACACAUUCCCUAGGGGAUAUAUGCCAGUGGUGGGUAGAAUCAGAGGCAAAAGUGGGCAUAUCAAUUGGGUUUUUGUAUCAUAGGGAACAGCACAAAAGCCACCCACUCUUGCAUUUCUCCGCAAAACUCAUUGGUGAGCCAUAAUGCUUUAGAACAGGGAUGUCCCAACAGGUUGAUCACGAUCUACUUGUAGAUCCCCAGGAGGUUUUGGUCAAUCGUGAAUCCGGCCCCGGCCCCUCGCCCUGCCCUCCGUUGUUGCACAAUCUGCAGAACGGAAGGAAAAAAAAAGUUCAACUUUGACCUGAACCCCCCAAAAAGGGAUUUGACCACUGCCAGUUUUUAAUUCUGUGAGUAGAUCGCAGUCUCUGGGGACUUGGCCACCACUGCUUUAGAGAAACAAUGUGAGUUCAUGAUUCCUUCUUGAGACCAUUGCUAUGUGACUUCAGUAAAGUUACUAGGAUCAGUAAGCAUGCAUUGCUUAGGGUCUUGAAGAAUCAUCCAAGUUGCAUCUCAGUCAGUGUAAAAUCAGUAGAGGACAUUUGGCUUCAUUCUUCCUUGCCCUUGCUUUUCUUGAGGGAAAUCCCAACAUUUUUUAACAAAAUUGGGGAGGGGGCACUAAAAUUUGUUUCUCGCCUCUCUGCUUUGUCUUCUUGUCCCCCUUUUCCUUGAGUGUUACAGUUCAAAUAACCUAAAUCCCCAGCUGUGCAUACCAUGAUGGUGAUGGACAUUUUAGGAAGCAAAUUUGACGGCAUCUUUUAUUGGGAUCCAGGAAAAAUCCAUUGUGGCUUGCUCUCAUUAUGAAUAUAGGGCAAUCUUUAUUGCAGUUCAAGGCUACAGGAGCAGGUCCCACUCACUAUAUCAGCAUUGCUCAAACUCUGCAUACCUGGAGCAUAAAUCUUUUAUUAGAAUUAAAACUGGAAGCACAUUUACAUUCGCAAAAAGUAUAAGAACUGACUAAAUCAGUUAGAAUAAAGGCAGUUCGUAAUCUUAAAGUAUGCUAAUGUUUAAUGCUUUGCCAGAAGAAGUUUUUAUUUCACCAAGAAAAUGAUAUUGUCACAGGAAGUCAAAGUUGAAGAAAAGAUUUUGGAAGAUAGAAGGGGAAAAAUAUUUACUUUCAUUAUUAUCAUUUUGGGUGUGGGUGUGUGGGUGUCUGCACAUAUGUGUGUUUUUGUAUGGAAUGUUUGGGAAGAAAUAAGACGGUAAAUAACAAAUAACAAACUAAAUAUUGAUGUAUGUGGUUUUUAUAUCUUGAUUGUAUUUGGUGGUAGUGUGGUUGUAUUGUUUUUGUGUUGCAUAGAAUCAUUCAAUAAAAAUUAUUUUUAAAAAAGAAAAAAGAAAAGAAAAUGACAUUGUCUUCAACGCAAUCCAAAUUUCAAUGCCAGAAAUGUUUGCCAGCUUAAUUGUCAUGUUCAAUGAGAAACAGAAAUUAAGCGGGCAUUUUAGCAGCUUCAUUUACAUGUCCCUUGUGAAGAAAACAUGAGCUGGUGUUUAGACUAACUCACCUUAACUUGGCAGGGCUAGAAACAUUCUGGGUGCUUGGUUGCUCAUGCCCUUCCACUGCUGAUGCGGAUGACUAUAAAUUUUAAAUUUGCACCUAGACCACUGAACAAGAUCUUAGGGCUAUAUAUAGGUAUCUGUUCCAUUGUUAAAAUUUAUUGCUGGUUUGGGGUAUAUGGCCAGUCGAGAUGUAUGAACAAAAUUAUGCUGAUAUUUUAAAAAAGAAAAAGCUUAGCUUGGCCAUGUAUCCUAGUAGACAGUGUUAGAUACUGAGAUAGGAAUGCUAGGAGUCAUGUGGCUACUGGGACCGAGGUUGUGGGCGCCAAAACAAAAUGUCUAGGUGCCAUUUUUUGAUGUUGUUGCCCUGCUACCAAUCCAGGCAGCCCUGCAAAAAACCCAAAAAACUGCAGGGAGAACUGGGGUUGCAGGGUAGCAUGGCAGCAAAAGAUGCAUUUUUUGCUAUCGCUCUACUCCGCCAAACAUCUGAUUCACCUGGCUGCGUGACAGCAAAAUAAAGACACAUCCUUUGCUGUUGCACUGAUGGGCAAAUCUGGUGUUUGGUGGGGGUAGUGCUGUGCAGAAAAAGACGUGCAUCUUUUGCUGCCGCUGUGCCCAGCAGAUCAGCUGACUGCACCUAGGCAGGUGGAGAUGUUAGGCGCCAAGGGUGGCUCCUGGACAUCUUCAUUCAGUUGCAAAAGGCCGGGUAAUUUCGAACACUUCUAGUAGAUGAGAAGGCAUAUGGCUAAAAUGCUUUGUUGCUGCCUUGCUUGGAAGAAGCAAAAAACAAUUCAGUAGGACCACUGUGGAUUAGAGCAGCCCUCUUUUUGUACACUCUUUGUGCUAAAUAGGCUUAUGGCAAACUGUUUUCAGAGAAGUGGACUCCUUUGUCGUUUAAAAAUACCACAUCCUGUUUGCUGGGAUAUGGAUCUCAUUGAAAGGCUAUAUAAAGCUUGUCUCUUUCCACCGACUGUGUAGACUGUAGAAAAUGAAAUGGUCUUCUCCUUUUUUCUUCCCCCCCAGAGCCUUAGCCAGUGUAAUAAAAUAGUGUAUUGCUUUUAGCUAUAGUGAUAUUGCUCAAUAGUGAUCCUGAUAUUUAUACUUAAGCUUUUACUGUUUGUAAGUUGUUAUGGAUGACCUCUGCCUGAAAAUGUGUCAUAUAUAUCUUCAUUUGUUUUUUGUUGACGCAGAAAGGGAUUGGAGCCUGUUUCCUGGUGAGGGUACUAGGAGGAUAAGCAAUGAGACAAAAAUAUUGUGCAUUGAGGCACCAAACAUAAAACAUCACUACUUGUGUGAUUGUUUGCUUACUUUAUUUAAAAAUCAUGUUAUUACUGUUAUUUUGGGUUCACUUUUCGACCCACAAUUACUGUCGGCCAAAGAUAACAUUUUUUAAAAAAAUCAGGCCUUGCCAUCUGGCUUAGAAACUAAAAAGAUAAAAGACACACAAGGAAGGUAGUGGAGAGCAAAGGUAGAGAAAGAAGAGCAAAUUAAUAACAAAGCAGGCACUUUUAUCCAGCUUGGGUGGGGCAGGUCUUCCCUGGCUUGAAAGCAGCCGGUGGCUCCCGACCCUUUGGCUGUUGGAUGGGGCCAUGAGAGUGUCCUUUGCCUUUGCUAACUUCUCCAGUCCCAGGGCAAGAAGCUGCUGAAGUUGCUCUUUCUCUGGCUGACAUUUAGGGCCAGGUUCCUCUUCCCCUUGUCAAGAUCCUUUCUGGGAACUGGGGGUACAGCCUCUGAGUGGCCCUCGGUCCUCUGGCUGGUAGCAGAGGCAUGAGUGUGCUUCCAUUCACCUCUGCAGCCACAGUGCAUAAAUAUCCUGGAGGGCUAGAGAAGAAUUCUUACAAUGCAGGAUGUGACCUGAGUCUCUUGCCGAAAAUUACACAAGGGUCAGGGUGCUCCAAGAUAUUGCUGCUGGGUCUCGCCCACUGAGGCAAAUACUGAUAUCACAUGGCUGCUUUGCAAGAAGUAACAAGCAGCUGUGAAGGCACAGUGGUUGAACUCAACCUGAAGGACCUUUGCCAAGGAAGCUCAGAGAACAAGCAACCCAGUUCAGGUUGAGGGGAAAUGCAGAGAGAGGCUCACUGAAGCCUGUGCUGCUCCCAUUGUGAAGCUGACGCCUGUGCAUCUACAGUUUUGCAGAAUCAAGGCUGUUGUGGAAUAGCAGUCAGCUUUCUGACUAGGAGCCAGAAUGAGUUCCACUGGAGCUAGCAGCAAGGUGGCUUGGGGCACAGGGAGCUAUGAGGCUGGAGGGACUGAGUAGUUUUUCUGGCCUUUUGAUUAGGGAUGGGUACAGCUAUCAGCAUUUCAUAAAUAUAUGGAGUCAUUUGUGCACAUGAUGCUUCAUAGUGUUAUAAACAAAGAAGUCCCUACCCACCAAAAGCUAGUGAAUGUGAGCAGAUGAGCUUACAUGUACUUGAGCAUAGUUAAUCUAAACACAUUACAGUGGUACCUCUGGUUGUGAAUGGGAUCCGUUCCGGAGCCCCGUUCGCAACUUGAAAGGAACACAACCAACGUCUGUGCAUCUGCGUAUGGGCGGGUCGCGAUUCGCAGCUUCUGUGCAUAUGCGUGAUGUCAUUUUGCGUGUCUGCGCAUGUGCGAGUGGCGAAACCCGGAAGUAAUCCUUUUCUGGUACUUCUGGGUUGCCAUGGGACGCAACCUGAAAAAACAUAUCAUGAAGCAAAUGUAACAAGAGGUAUUACUGUACAAAAAAGAUUGGUUUUGCAGAAGGAUUUGAAGGGGUAAUGGUGUAAAUAUGGCACUUUGUGAUGUGCAAGCAGGGAGCCAGAGGAGCCAGAGGAGUUCUGAUGGAAGUUCUGGCUGAGCAGAGACUUUAAUGGCUGUGUGUGGUAGUUUUCAGGCAGGCCUGGGUGGAGGGCAGUUAAUACAGCCUCUUUUUAUUCUGUUCCACUCUGUCUGGGCAGAGACUUCAUAACUUCUGGACUUUUGCUCCAAAGGGAGCAAAAUAAAAUUCAUGAGGGUUUUGUUAGCACUUUUCUUCAAAAUUGUAAUUCCUAAUUGUGAACUGUGACCCAUGGACAGGAUAAAAAAAUUCUGGAUGGCCUAUGAUCUGAAGAGGUCAUGAGAAAUAUUUCAUGAAUUAAAUUCUACUUGCUUUAUUUUUAUGGAACCUCUAGUGUGCCUUAUAAAUCUCUGGCUUGUCUACACUUCAUUGCUUUAUGAAAUAACACUAUUGCAAAAGCAAUACAAGACCACUUUUCCAAAAAAGCAAAGCAUCCCAUGACUGCUGCCUUUCAGUCGAGGCCAUUUCCCUGGGCAGCAGAGAUUGAUUAGAUUAGAUAAAUUUGCCUUUAAUCUGUGAGUUGACAAUCUCUUGUGGUCUGAUUUCAUCAUUUAAUAAUGCACAUUAUUCUGAAACAAUAGUUUGUGCCUGUUCGUGUGGAAGGAAUACAGUGCAACAUGACCUGCUCAGAAUUAAUGUCCCUUUCUUUCUUUUUCCAGCCGGACAAUGAAAUCUCAUCAGACUGCAACCACGUAAGUGUGCUUUUUUUCUGUAGGGCUGGCACUUGCUUCUUUAUUGAUUCAGUGAUUUAUAUUCUGACUUUUUCAAGGUGGCUUAGAAUAAAUAUAACAUUUAAAACCAAUAUCUUUUAAAAAAACCUUAAAAGAGCAGCACCUCACAACUUAUAAUUAGACCAGUAGAAAGCCAUAUGCCAAAGAGAAAAUACAGUUUAAAAUAAAUAAAAUAAAACCAGAUAUUUAAAGCCCUUUUAAAGAAAACAGGGAGGGAGCUGUAAGUGGCAUUUAUUAUUACUUUGCAACAUUUGCUUCUGGCAAAUUGGCUUCUUUCAGGGAUCCUAGGCCAACUCCUUUUAAGUAGUAAAGGCUCCUGUUUGUUUAUUUCUCUGUGAUCUAUAUAGACAAUUUAGAUUUUUUUGUGACCAUCUUGGUAGGAACAUAAGUACUAAAUCCAGUCAAGUAGGAUAGUAUGAUGUUUGGGCUUAUGUAUGCACAGAAGAAUGCCUUAAUUAAAAUGAUACUAUUCGGUGGCACCCCAGCUUGUUAAACUGGUGCUGAUAUUACAAUCUUUUUGGUGCAAAGUUAAGAUCUCCUUUUUUGCCCAGGCAUUUUAAAGUGACUUCAUCUGUCUUAGGUCUCAUUUUUGCAUUUUAGCUGCUGCCCUUUUAGUUUUUACUUUAGAGUGGAUUAUAUUUCCCUGUUGUUGUAUUUUAAUAUUGUUAUACAUCACCGUUUAGAUGAAGGAUGGUUAACUUAAAAAAUAAAUAAAGUAAAGUAAAAAGUGGACUGGAGUACAUUCUGUUAAUAGGAUGACUCUUUCAAUGAAUUGGGUAGACAGGGCAUUUUAAGUCUCUUCCCUCCUGUUCCACUCAUCUACCCGAAACAGCUAUUCACCGACACAUAUCUCUACCUAUAUCUAUAUCCCUGGGGUACCAGGCAUGCUUACCAGGGCCUGUUUUUCGUUUUGGACAAUGAGGCACAUCAGAGAUGGUGGCAGCUUUAUGAUACAUGGUUUAUUUACACAUAUAUACAAUCUUAGCCUAGAUGGAGGGAGUUCAGAGCAUUCACAUCCCAAGACAGUCCUGUUCAUUCCAUUACUGCAGCCUUGAAUUCAAAGAGCUCCCAAACAUUGUGUCUGACCCUUUCUUCAUUAUAAAACAGACUGUCAUCCUUUUUUUUUUUUUGCGCUCCCCCUCCCCCAAGCUUGUAAAACAGACAUCUUUUUCCUGUUCGCUUCUAACAGGCAAACUGUAAUCCUAAACCAAAACUAUUGGUCUUUUGUCUUACUAAUGAUCCCCUCCUGUUUGUGGCUGGCACAGCUUUUGCUUUGCUGAUGGCCAAUCUUGAUGGAUCACGACUGUCUUUGUUUCUUAAAGAUGAUUCCUUGAUCAGGAUAAAAUCAAGUUUAGCAUGUAUUUUUACACUGCUAAAUUCAGUGUCAGGCACCUUCUGUUAAUUCUUCAAAUAUUGGUUGAAUUCUAACAUUCUAGCCUAUAACAAUCAAAAUACGCAUACACACACAAACUGAGGGGUACAGAUAGGUUAUUUAACUUUCUCUGCAGUGGAAUGCUCUCAUGGCAUGGCAUGGAGAAGACUGAUUGGCCAUGGGUGCUGUCAUAAGCACAGAAGCCCAAGUUCCACUAAUUAUGGCUCUGUUUGUUUUGAGAUUCUUCAUGAUUAUGAGCCAUAGAAGUAAGCUCUCAUUUGAUUUUUUUAAAAAAUGAGAUUUACACACCACAUGCUUCCCUAAGUUCUGUAUUCUCCAUAUGUCAGAGCAUCAGUAUAUUAAUGUGUUUCUGAAAAUCACAUGAAAACUGCUGUACAGGAAAUGCGUUGGUUGGCUUGUGUUCACAUAGAUUUAAAUUUUAACCUGCAUAAAGCAGCCUCAAAACCACAAUAAAGAUAUCAUUAGUUUGUUUUAAGUCUGGCUCAUGAAAGAUUCUUGCAGUUGAAAAAUAACAGUAUUGUGUUUCUUCCCUCCCAGCUGUUGUGGAACUACAAGUUGAACCUGACUACAGAUCCAAAAUUUGAAUCAGUGGCUAGAGAGGUUUGCAAGUCUACCAUAUCAGAGGUAAGGCUGAGGAAGAUUAGGUGGUGGGCAGUAAUCUUAAUUUUAUUUCUAAAUAAGAAAGAAUUGAAGUCUUGUUGAAAUGAAUAUAUCAAAAGGGUUUUUAAUAGAGAAUUAUUAAUAUGUUUUAAAUAGUGCAUAACAGAACAGCAAGCAAGCCGUGAGAUCUUUCGUUCUGUACGUUUCCAAGGCUAUUUUAAUUGAUGGAAUGGGUGGACCACCAACUUUUACUGUAGAUCUAGACCAUCCUGUACUUGCUAGCAAGAAAGGUACACUAGAGAAAUAUAUUCUGGAAGAGUAACAGGUGAUGUCUGUGGAUCAAAGUACCAACUGGUAUGCCAACUGCAUCCUCUCCUGGGAGUUUCAGGAUUCAGGAAAAUGUCUAGAAUUGUUCAUUCAUCCUCUGAAAACUCUAUAAAAUGUAGUCUCUAAGGUGGCGUUGUAACACUGUUACUGUGCUCAUAAAUUCUAAAGUUAAAAAAAGUAAUACUAUGUUUACUUGAAGAGCUUCAGUCAUUCACAGUUUCAUAAUUGUUUGUAUAAUUGCUGGAAGUGUUUGCCUUCAGGUCAUUAGCACACUGAUGCAUUUUCCAGUAAAAUACUUUUCUGAAUAUUGCUCCAUUGAGGCAGUUUUCCGAGCACUAUUUUUCUGAGGGCUACUCAUAGUUUUCCUUCUCUCCUGAUUCAAGGUAGUGAUGGCAAGACUUGGAAAUCUUCAUUUAAAGGAAAAAAUAAAUCUGGAGGGAUAUUGCUUACCAGUGAGGCUUUGUCACUUGUACCUAGUGUAAGACCUUUUGGCUAGGUUGAGAGGAAUGGAAUUUAGAAUGUAGCAUAAAUCUGUGAAGGGUUCAUUUCCAAAGUCAAGGGUUGAAACAAAUGGACUAGAUAUAAUUGGGAUACUCUGGUUGUGUAGUGGUUGGGACCCUGCAUAAAUGACAAAUAAAACAAGUGUUUCUGCAGGUAUUUGUGAUUUGCUCUAGUUAUUUCAAGGUUAAGUUGAGAAGGUUGUUCUGUUUGACAAGCAGUUUAUCCUAGUGCUGCCUCCUCUUAUACUCUUUCCUUUUGUGUGCCAUACCAUAAAUUCAGCUUUAGGUCGAGUACUUUAAAAACAAAAAAACAACAACAGGCAGCAUUGUGUUGACGGCAAAUGCAAUUAGAUUUCUUCAAUAUUAGGCAAGCACUAAAAAGUGGCUAUGCUCCGUAUUGGCUUUGCUGCUCCCUUUUUAGCUAUCUUGAGAGAGAUGUCUCCAUGGUUGUAAAGUACAGAAGCAACCCUUUCUCUCUCCCAAAAUCAUACCCCUUGAACUUACACACCUUGGAUAGGACCAAAUACACAUGAGUUCUGUUGCUAUUAAAUAAUGAAGUGGUAAAUAAAAUUAAAUGGCUCAAACAAAAAACUUCAGAAUCAGCAAAUAAACCAGGCAAAAUGCUAGCAUGGUUACUUAAAAAGAAACAAAAAGACAAAACAAUAAGCAGUAUAAUAGAUAAAGGAGAAAUUACAAAUGACUUUGAAAAAAUCAAAAAAAGUUUUGUAAAUUACUAUAAAAAUUUAUACAAAGCAGAAAAGAUCGAGGAAACUAAAAUAGAAAAAUUUCUCAUAAACAACAGAUUGCCAAAAAUAACUGAGGAAGAGUGGAAAUACUUAAAUACCCCUAUUGAUAUUAGCGAAACAAAAGAAGGAAUUGCGACCUCCAAAAUCGGAAAAGCUCCCGGUCCUGAUGGAAUUUCCAUAAUGUAUUAUAAGAAACUGGAAGAUAUAACAUUACCAGUCUUCGAAAAAAUAAUGAACAAAAUUCUAGAAGGAGGGCAAGUACCAGAAUCAUGGCAAGAGGCCUUAAUUACAUUAAUACCGAAAAAUGGAUCCAAUUUAGAUGAAAUAAAGAAUUACAGACCAAUUUCACUUUUAAAUUCAGAUUAUAACUUGUUUACCAAAAUUCUUGCUAGAUUAAAAAAGAUUUUGGUAAUAAUAAUUAAUAAAGAUCAAUCAGAUUUUUUACUGGGAAGACAAAUAUACAGCAAUAUAAGAUUGAUAGUAGAUACAAUAGGAUACCUAGAAACGAGACCAGAUAAAAUGGCAGCCCUGAUCUUAGUUGAUGCCGGGAAGGCCUUCAACAACGUGUCGUGGGAUUGUAUGAAAAAAAAACCUCUGGAAAUGAUGAGCCUAGGUGAGAAAAUAAGUAGCGGUAUAAAAGCAAUUUACAAUUUCCAAAAAGCAAGAUUGAUUAUAAAUGGCGAAACAUCAGAAGCCUUUAGUAUCUCUAAGGGAACUAUAUAUCACAGUCCUAGAAGUAUAUUUAAAAGCAAAAAGAGAAGAUCCUAGGAUAGAAGGAAUUAAACUUAGGCAAAGAACUUAUAAGGUUAGGGUCUUUGCAGACAACCUAAUAAUCACAAUGGAAAACCCACUAGUGAUUAUUCGAGCAACAUUGGAAAAUGAAGGAAUUUGGACAACUAUUAAGAUUCAAAAUUAAUGCAGUAGUACCUUGGCUUGCAUAUGUCUUGGUUUGCAUAUGUUUUGGAUUACAAACACAUCCAACCUGGAAGUGUGUGUCCCAGUUUGCAACCUUUUUUUGGAUUACAACCCAUAUUUUUUGGAUUAUGAACAAAUUUUUUUUGGAGGCCCCAUUGGCAAAAGCGCGCCUUGGGUUACAACCUGUUUGGGUUUACAAACGGACCUCCAGAAUGGAUUAUGGUUGUAAACCAAAGUACCACUGUAAUAAGAAAACAAAACUCAUGGUGAAAAAUCUAGAUAUAUGAGAAAGAUCAGAUUUAGAAGCAGAGGCAGGACUUAAAGUAACAAAUAGAGCAAAAUAUUUAGGAAUUUGGAUUACUAUGAAAAAUACUAAUUUAUAUAAAGAUAAUUAUGUAAAGGUAUGGAAAGAAAUUAAAAAAGAUUUAGGGAUCUGGAGUAAAUUAAAACUUUUACUGUGGGGAAGAAUAUCUUCAAUCAAAAUGAUCAUCUUACCAAAAAUGCUGUUCCUUUUUCAAUCCAUUCCGAUCCUCAAUGGCCUCAACUGCUUUAAAGAAUGCACAGAUUCUUGGCUAAAUACAUAUGGCAGGGCAAAAAACCCAGAAUUAAAUUAAAAUUACUAACAGAAGUCAAAGAUAGAGGAGGGUUUAGAAUGCCACAUCUUAGGAUUUAUUAUGAAGCUGCUUGCCUGGUUUGGCUCAAGGAUUGGAUGAUAUUAAAGAAUACCAAAUUACUGGACAUUGAGGGCUGGGAUAACAUAGUAGGUUAACAUGGUUAUUUGGGCUACAAUAAAAUUAAAAUUCAUAAGGGAUUUUUAAAUCACAUUAUUAGGAUAGCUUUACAGGAAGUAUGGGAAAGGAAUAAAAAAAUAUUCGAACCAAAAACCCCAUUGUGGAUAUCACCAAUGGAGGCGGAGGCGGUACAAAGAAAAAAUAUGGAUUCUAACUGGUUGACAUACAAAGAUCUAUUAGUAGAAGUUAAUAAUCGAUUACAAAUGUAAACAUAUGAAACAAUUAAAGGCACAGGAAUAUGUUGGUUGCAGUAGUAGUAGUAGUAGUAGUAAUAAUAAUAAUAAUAAUAACAAUAAUAAUAAUAUACACAUAACCAGUUAUAUGAAAAGAAUGAACCACAUGGAGUUAGCUGGAAGUCAUCUUUAUUCCUAACCCUAUUUCUUUUUAGCUUCUUUCUUGAAGUGAAUGUUUUCUUUUUCUUAGGAGAAUAUAGUGUCUAUAUUCUUGUCUGUAGUUUUUGUUAUCAUCACUGUAUUUACCGUAUUUUUCGCCCUAUAGGACGCACUUUUCCCCCUCCAAAAAUGAAGGGGAAAUGUGUGUGCGUCCUAUGGGGCGAAUGCAGGCUUUCGCUGAAGCCUGGAGAGCGAGAGGGGUCGGUGCGCACUGUUAGAUAAUAUUGAUUUAUUGCUCAGAUAAGCGUGAGGUCCGGCACGCUUCCCAUCACAGGCCUCUGCAUUCCAAAAGACCGACAUCUGAGCAUAGCAGAGUUUCGACAGCGGCAAGAGGAAACUGCAAAAAAAAACUCCAGUGCAUUCUUCAGUGUGCUUAAAUAAAGUCCACACAGGAUCUUGGCAGCUAAAAGCAGUUUUAUUUACAGCAGGCUAUCCAUUAUCUAUCACAGCGAACAGCAUCGUGAAAAACACGUCCUCUCUCCUCAAAAGCGAAAGUAGAGAGACAGAACAAAGACUUUAGUCUCUCGGAAAUGACGCAGCAUUUCCCCCCUCCCACCAGUACAGUCUGAGCUGUUUAACCCUGUAAGCUCAGGUUCUCCUCUCGCUCUCCAGGCUUCAGGAAGCUAUCUGCAAGCCUUGGGAGCCCGCGGGAGUUCCCGCCGGGCUCCCACGGCUUGCGGAGAGCUGCCUGCACCCCAAAGCCCCAGCGCGCUGAGCAGUCGCGCCGGGGCUUUGGGUAGCUCUGCGCAAGCCGCGGGAGGGCUCCCACGGCUUGCGGAGAGCAGCCUGUUCUGGGGUCGGGGGAAGCUCGGGCUUCCCCCGCCUCAGCCUCGCGCCUUGGGGGGAAAAUAAUUUCCCCCCCCAAAAAACCUAGGUGCACUUUAUGGGCCGGUGCGCCCUAUGGGGCGAAAAAUACGGUAUGUGGGUUUUUUUGCUUUGUAUGUUUCUGGUUUUGUAUUACAUGUUCAUUUUAUUUAUUGUUUAUUUGUAUGAUGCAUAAGUGUACGUAAAGUAUUUUAAAAAAGAGAAAGAGAGAGAGAGAGAGGGAGCAAUGUCUCAGUGCUCAGAUUUCAAGCAUAGUGACCUAGCUUUUUUCAGACCUAGUUGCAUUCUGUAAACAGGUGACCAGUGGGGAUGGUCUUGAAAUUUAUUUGCUUUUUUAAAAAAAUCCCAUGUUGCCUAUUUCUCCAAAGAAACUCAAACAUAAUCUCAUCCGCUCAAAUUAAUGUUAACAAUAUUCAACCUGUUUAACUAGUUCCAGCAGCAUAAGAGUAACAUUGAGCUGAGCCAGCAACAAAUGAAUAUUACCCAAAGUUCUUCUUGUCGUGUGUGGCUUUUUCUACUCACAUGUGCAAUGAAAGGAACUCAGUGCUUUUAAGGAUUUUCUCCAAAAUUUUGGGAUGGGUGGGAACUGUCGGUAGAUUGUCACAGUAGGAUGGGGAAAUCCCAACCCAGAUUGUCAUUCAGCCAGAAGCUUACUGAAUUACCUUGGCCAGUCACAUGGUCUAGUUCUGAGCUACCUCAUAAAGUUGCUGUGAAGAUCAAAAGAGAGAACUGUUUUAAGCUUCCUGGAGGAAAGAAAGGACAUAAAUGUAAUAAAUUUGAUGGAUUGUGUAAACUUGACUUAAAGGUUGAUCCUCUGAAAAAGCACACAGUACCUCAGUCCCUGCUCUAUUUAAGACCAUGCUCAGAAUAUUGGUUUCCAAUACCAGCCCUGAGCAGCUUUUCUCCAUUUCAUAUCUAGUUGUCUUUAUCAUGCUGAUAUUUCAUAGGAGAAAACUGCAGACUGCACUUCAUUCUCUGAUUUAAAAAACCAUGCGUAAUUACCCCUCAUACUUGUGAGAUUGCAGGAAUGCUGCUAUGUCACUUGCAGCUAUUUCGGAAUGUGGAAGAUCGGCUUUUAUUAUUGGAUUAAGCUACUACAGCCAUGUGGUUACAGUGGCUACCAGAAGAUUAAAUACAAAACAGCUUUCAAGUAACUGAAUGAUACAGGCCCUGGCUACAUUUGAGACUGACUCCUGACUGCCCUUGAGCACCAUAUUUUUUAUGUAGAGUCUAACAAUGACAUCUUAAAUUAUUGAGUGAUUACAGCUUGCUUUCAUGGUCUUUUUAGUGUGGAGCUUGCAAAAUUUAUGUUCAUUUUUGCUUUUAGGGUGAGGUGUGAGGGCUGACACCCCACAUUUUCCCUUCUUCUGGAACCUUUAGGGAAUAAACAGUUGGUUCUCCUUUUCCAUCCCCUUUCCUGAAAAUUGGUGUCAUUGUUUUUAUAUAAUCUCUCUAUAUUGAGAAACAUCCUGAGUAGGCAGUAAAUAAAAUGAUCUGCAAAUGCCAGAUAAAAUACAGGCUUCUUUUUAUCAUGGGUCUUUCUGGACAGAUCAAAGAGUGUGCUGAUGAGCCUGUUGGGAAAGGUUACUUGGUGUCCUGCUUGGUAGAUCACAGAGGAAACAUCACUGAAUACCAGUGUCACCAGUACAUCACCAAAAUGACAGCCAUAAUUUUUAGUGAUUACCGCCUGAUCUGUGGCUUCAUGGAUGACUGCAGAAGUGAUAUUAACAUCCUGAAGUGUGGCAGCAUUCGUCUUGGAGAAAAGGUAAUUCUGUUACAAAGUGAUUCCAUGUCCAUUAAAUUGGAGGUGGGAGGGAAGAGGAUAUUGUCUCAUUAGAAUCAAUGUUACUCCGAAGAAGCCAGUUGAAGUGUGACCAUGUUCUAUGGUCAGCAUUUUAAAUUACUAUCCUAUCUCCCUGUGAUUUUAUACCAGUGCUAGGCAGAAGGAAUGUUUCUUGUGUGAGUGAAUCUGGGCUGUCCUCUGGAAGGGGCACAUCCUGGGAAAGUGCUUUUAGCCUUUGGUAGAUUGAGGGUGCCUUCAAAUUCAGGUCAACUGCAUGCUCUUUCAGGCUCAGGUAUUUCCUUGAGAUACAGUGGUGUUUUCAGCUGCAGACUUUUUUGGGGCGGGUGGAGGACAGAGAUUCAGGACCACAGGUGUACUGAACUGAACCAUGUUCUUUCAAUGUACAACAUGCUUCUGUAGGCUCCUAAUGCAACAUGCAGAAGAGCUAGAUGGAAGUGUGUCUUGCUGCUGCUUAGCUUCUUUCUCUUCUUUCAGGAUGUCCAUUCUCAAGGAGAGGUGGUGGCCUGCCUGGAGAAAGGACUGGUAAAGGAGGCAGAAGAGAUUGAGCCAAGAAUAAAGGUCUCAGACUUGUGCAAAAAGGCUAUUCUCCGUGUAGCUGAGCUCUCCUCUGAUGAUUUCCACUUGGAUCGGCACUUAUAUUUUGCCUGCCGGGAUGACCGGGAACGCUUCUGUGAGAACGUAAGUUGUUGCUUGACAUCGUCCUUCCCGUUGGACUAGCAUCCAUCUCCCCACCCUUUCCCCUCUCGCCUUGUCAUUCAGUAAAUGCUCCUACAUGUAACAAAUUAAAGAAUACAAGAACAGAUCUCUCAAAGGUGCACUACAGAUAAUACAGGCAAUAUAUUGAACUCAUUUCAGAAAUAUACAUGGAAGUGUUAGUCAUGAGCACGCACAACAUAGAUAAAUGACAGAGGACUUGUAAAUCACAAAAUGUUGGCCUAUGAUAAAAUGUAGCCAGUGUGAUGUAGAGAAUGGAAUGCUGAAGUUGGGCUGAAGAGACGUGCAUAUGUGGAGAAGACCCAUGGAAAUUAAUGGGUCCAUUACUUUCAACUGGUCUGUUCUGAAUAAAACUUGGUGGGGUACAAAACCUGGGUUUUAAUAGCCACUUAGCUAUCACUCUCAUUGAGUGGCCUUAAACAAAUAAUUUUGCCUAACCUAUUUAAUGGUUUUGUUAGGGUAACAUGGGGAUAACUGCAUGUACCUUUGCUUUGAGGUCCUUGAAGAAAAAGGAGGCUAUGAAUGUGUUAAUUUUUUUUUUUAAUUAUGGAUACCAGGAUACUCCUAAUACGUUUCCAUAUGACAUUCAUGACCAAUAUUGUUGCUCUGUUUCACAGACUCAGGCUGGGGAAGGCAGGGUGUACAAGUGUCUCUUUAACCACAAGUUUGAAGACUCUAUGAGUGAAAAGGUAUGUGCCUCUUUCACCUGGCCAUUCCACUAUCUUUCUUGACCCCAAAGCUCCUGCUUCUUGGUCGCCUCAUUUAUUUUCAGCAUGCAAUGGAUAAGAAACAAAUUAAUAUACAAUAUGGUGUGUUAUCUGAGGGUUGGUCUGCUCCUGCCCCAUCAGGGUGUGGUGGGUGGAAGAGUGCAUGGAAUCCUGUGCUUCGGCUCAGAGCUGUGUUUUUAAAGGCAGCCGUAACUCUGUGACCUGUUGAUGAACUUCCCAUCUCAGUUACAGAGUUGCCUUGUGUGGUAGCAGUUAAAUUGCAUCAAUAAGAAUUAACAUCUCUGAGGAGGGAGAGCUGCUUUGUUACCUUCUCUAAAGGCAUGCGUGUUUUUCUUUGAGAUAUGUUGUUACAUUCCUGAGAGACAGUGUUUUGAGUAAAGUGCAGACAAAGCAUUUUAUUGAUCAUUAUUCCAGGUGUAAUGCCCCAUUGCUUCCUCAACGCUUUGAGCAGUAUAUGAGCAAUAAAUAGCAAAUUGAAAUGACAAGCUAUGCUUGUGGUUGAAAUGCUUUAAGAACUCUGCACUUUUGCUCCCCACGAUUAUUUCCCUUCCUCCUGCUGUAGGUUGCCUUGGAUUUUCUAGAAAUAGUGAUGCAUUUGAAACUAGCAGCAAUGUAUUCUAUUUCUAGCGGUGGCUUGUUCUGAAAAUUCAAGGCCAGCGGAUUUUCUGUUCUACUCCUUUUGUCCAGUGUGAGCCAAAUUAUCUCUGGUUGACAAAAGAAUGCUGCCUUGAUGUUCCCUUGAUCAGUAGCACAAGAUAUCUGAUUGUUUUCCUCAGUGUCGUGACGCAUUGACAACCAGGCAAAAGCUGAUUGCACAAGAUUACAAAGUCAGUUACUCAUUGGCAAAGUCCUGCAAAAGUGAUUUAAAGAAGUACCACUGUAAUGUAGAGAACCUUCCUCGUUCCCGAGAGGCCCGACUAUCCUACCUGCUAAUGUGUUUAGAAUCUGCUGUGCAUAGAGGUAAGAUAUAUUUCUCCCUUAUUCCUCCAAUUGCUUAUAUCUGAUAAAUAAUUUGUGAAAUGAAAAGUUGUGUAAUGUGAGAUUUUCAGGGCUUUAUUGAAAGAAAAUGGACAUGGCAAAAGAAUGUUUUUGGAGAAUGUCUUUGGGCAUUAGGAUUCUGCUAGUUAUCCAUUACUCCAUAGUUCUGCAUCCCUGUCUCCCUUGUGCAAUACCUUCUCUGUCUGUCCUUGCUUCCUUCUCCAUACUGCAACCCUCCUCCCCCUGAGCCUUGACACUUGAUGUUUCAGCUUGCUACCUUUGCUUCUUUGCAUGAGGCUGGUUCUAGGUCAGACAGUUAAGUGAAGCAUGUUAAGGGGCUAGCCUGUCUUAUGUCAGCAGACCAUUCACAGUUGCCCAGGAGAAAGAAGUUCUAGCUGUUCUGUUGUAUUCUCUAUCUUGCCGUUCCGUAAUACAACAUGGGCUUAGUUCUCAUGGAGAGCGAUGACAGCUGUGAAUGCUGUUGUAAGUGGGGGCUCACUUGAUGGCAUGCUCCCCUGUGAAAGUAAAUUCCCAUACCUAGAAAAUGAGCAUGCCACGGUUAGAAUUCUUCUUUCAGAAGUGUCAGUUUUCCUUUCUGCAGAGAACGUUUCAUAUGGAGGAUCAUUCAUCAUGUGACCCCCACCUGCAGUCUGAAGUGGUACAGCCCAAGCACAGAUUUACCACAGCCAUCAGAACUACUACUUACCCAGAUUCUAAUCAGAAUGCCACACUUGCAUGAUUAAUCCCAUCUCUCCGGAGAGCAACAGAGCAAGUCAGCUUUCUUUGACGUGUUCCUAGCAUGCAUUUCUUCUAGGUUAGAAGAAAACAACAGUAGCCACUGAGGGCAUGUUUAGCCCUUUUCAUGCAGCCUAGUGGGGGAUGUAUUGGUUCACUUAGAGGAGUAUUGGGAGUCAGUUGUUAAGCAUUUACCUCACAGGGUCCCUCCAGGCAUCCUUUUUAUUGCUAAUUCAUGAUGAUUUGUGCUUACACUAUCAGGCCAGUCUUAAAUGAUUCUGCUUCAAUACUUUUGGCACCUGUAAAAGUUUGGGGUAUUCAAAUGCUUACUUUCCAGUCAGUGCAUGUCCUGGAACUUCUGCUGAAUCCCAGAACUUUUCAUACCAAAAAUGUUGUUGGUGGGGUUUGUUUUUGUACUGGGUUUGUUGUGCUAUAGCUCCUCCAGACAGCAAUAAUGUGGCAUUGCAGAACAACUGAUAAAGCAGAAUAAAUCCACCACUAAAGCAUCUUUAUGGUGCCAAGAACAUGCUUCAGAAUUCACUGAUAAUAAAACACGUGUCCAUAAUACCAGACCAUUGAUCCAGCUAGUUCACUAUUAUCUGCACAACAGCUGGCUCCCCAGGGUUCUCAGUGACAUCAGUCUAUUAAAUGUAACUUGUUAGUAUUUGCAGAAGGACAGACCUCUAAACUAUAAAAGCUAUAGCUAUUAUAUAACACCAACUUCAUAUUUUCAAAGUUACAUUUGAAUCUAAUUGAUUUACACCUGAGCCAACAUAUACAUUAUUUAGGCUGUAACAGACUGACUCCCUUUGGUGCAGAGGUGGUUAUCUUUUUUAUUGUUCAGGUUCAAGUGUAGUGGCAGGUGCUCCAUUCCAGUAGGUGUGGCUUGAGCCAAUGAUGGUUGGACCCAUUCACACAAACAUAGACACACUCCAUGGGAAAGACAAACACAGGGAGAGUUUACCCCCCUUCCAUGUGCCAUCAUCUUCAUCACAGCCAUGCUCUUCCCAGCUUGCCAAGCAAUUGUGUUGCUAAUAAGGGGCAGAGGGAAUGUGAUUUACAUGGAGAAGACAUUGUAUGGGCUUGUGGGAGCAUGAAUUUGGGGAGGCAGCAGUUUGAGGAAGGGAGUGAAAUGGAAUGUGGCUGUAUGGAAAACUCUGAGGGCUCUGGGUUUGCUGACGUGCUUUGAAGACUGUUUCUGUCUGUAGUGUCAAGUGUAGCUUAGUGCAUUCCACUGUUGUCCUCUAGAAGGUCAGGCAGAUCUGAGUGUGAGAAUGGCAGACUAGGCUUCUUUUCCAAAGCACAAGGCCAUGUCUGCAAGCUGUUCUGCGCUGAAUAGCCCUUAGCCAAGGGAGAAGCCAUCUCAUGCCUUUGGGAAUUCUUUGAAUGGGUAAUAUUGUGGACAACCUAUUUGCUUAGUUACUUCUCUGCUGUGACAGACCACACUCAAGUCUUUACACCAGGGAGCUUUUGAGCAAUUCACUAAAGAUGUUAAAGUUAAUGUUCGUAGUCUUUAUUCUUUCCAAGGAAAAGUAAAUGUUAGUAUCUUUCUGCUUGACAUAGCUGAGGAGAAGUGUGGGACUCCCCUUGAGUUCCCCCCUGGCUUGAUGGUUUGGCAUUGAGAUUCCAUUCAAACCGGUCAGGUGGCCUUGGGGGAAUAUCCAGUAAAGCUGGGUGUUUUUCUCUAGCUGUGGUUCACUUUCUGCAAACUCAGCAUGUUGCAUUUGGCAGUGUGUGAUCUUGAUAGUCUCUGUUUUCAGGUUAUGGUGUUCUUUCCCCCACCUGCAGAGCUCUAAAAGCAUUAUUAAACACAGGGGUAGGCAACCUUUUUUAAAAAAAUCAUCAAGUCCUGCAUUUCCUCAUAAAUAAUACGUUGGAAGCCGCAUGCAGGUGGUUGGUGGAGCUGAUGAUCAGCAGAAGCAAAGACAACAUGUUCUGGACUGCUAAUCCAGAGUAAAGACUGCCCUUGCUUCAAUUUUAUCAUAGCUACUGCAGAUUAGAAUCCUAAUCAGGUCUUUUCAGAAAUAAACCCCACUAAGUUUUGUAGAGAUACUCAUUUAUACAUCUUUCCCCCUUAAACCAUGCAACCAGGAAAAAAGCAGUGUGUGUGUGUGUGUGUGUGUUUGUGUGUGUGUAUGUGUGUGUGUGUGCGCACACACACACACACACACACACAAUAUCAGUUUAUCAAAUAGAAUCCUGCACCUUUCAUUUGUAUUGAAACUACAUAAAAAGAAAAGUAAACAGCUUUUUAAGAGCCAGGGAAAGGAAGGAGGAAAUGAACCAGAAGGAAGGCAACAACUCUGAUCAAAUGAAAGGGUAGGACAGCUUCAGGAGACAUUGGGGACUGCAUAAAAUGGCCCUCAGACAGAUGGUUGCUCACCAAUGAAUAGAUGGAUAGGCAACUAGUGGUCCAGAAGGACCUGUUUUUUCUACCUGCUGUGGUUUGUUAAACCUACUGCUAAGGCAUCUUUCUCUGAAUCAGAACAGUUCUUAUCCCUUUAUGAAGUAGUCUAGAAAUGUGUGGCAGCAUUCUUUUAUAUACGCAGGGCAGGCUUAAAAGGCAGUGGGUGCCACCACCAGCAUGCUGCUAGUCCUGAGAUAGAAAAUAUUUGUGUUGAGUGUCAAUUUUUUCUGACUUCUCUGCUGAAGAAAGUCAAAAUCAAUAUAAUCAAGAUAUGGUACUCAGAAAUGAGAAUAUUUUCUCUUUGUAUCUUUUGCUACUGACUAAAGGAAGGAUGACAAGCUACACGCAUCACUGAAGACCUAUCAUUGAUCCCUGGAAGUCUUGUUCAGCUCCUUUUCUCUCCCUGGCCUUUCUCUUCACUGCUUUGGCAAUUUAUUCCAUUGCUGCUCACAUGCUUCAAGCACAGUGUAUCCAGUAGAUUAAAACUGGUGUUCUUGUAAAGGAUAUUGUGCACAUGUGCACAGAGGAGGCACAGUCCUGAUUGCUAUGCACACUCCAGUGCAACCUGGUGUUUUCUCUGAUUGCCUGUGAAGAAAUAGAAUACAACCCUGUGAUAAGGAGAGGCUGCAAAAUAGCUCUGAAAUGGUAGAGCUAAUGGCAGUAGUGCUUGUGGCUCUUUAGGGAUUCCAGCUGCCUGGCCCUAUCUUCCUUCCCAGUUAGCUCUGGAUUUCUGCAUAGAAUUUGUUUUCUUGGUGUGUCAUUUGAUGUAAUCUUUAAAAGCAGAAUGGCACUGGUCACACUGAUGGGGCUGCAUUGCACAUGUGGCAUGUACCUUGGCUAUGUUCAAUGUCCCUUGGGCUGAUGUCUUAUAACCUGUAUCUACUACGGUGUGCCUUAGGUCGGCAAGUGAGCAGUGAAUGCCAGGGAGAAAUGUUGGACUACCGGCGCAUGUUGAUGGAAGAUUUUUCACUGAGCCCAGAGAUCAUCCUCGGUUGCCGCAGUGAGAUUGAGCACCACUGCUCAGGACUGCAUCGGAAGGGCCGCACCCUGCAUUGCCUGAUGAAAGUUGUGCGAGGAGAGAAGGGGAACUUGGGAGUCAGCUGCCAGCAGUCGGUAAGGUUGUCAUGGGGAGCAGAAGAAUUUGCUUGUGUGUCCUGCCCACUAUUUUAGCUUUUGUGGGCUGAUGCUGAAGUAAGACCUGAGUUGGGAUGCAGGUGGGAGCUGUAGGGAGGCUUUGCCCUCAAAGCCCCAACAUCCAUUUAGGGGAAUCCCAAUGAAACAGUUGGCUAGAGCUGAUUAAAAAGCUCUAUCAACUACUUGUAAAAAGGCUUUUCGGGUAGCUUCAGGCUAUUAAACUCAGAAGCUGUUAUGUUAUUCCAGGCUAACCCACCUUCUUUAUAAAGUAGCCAAGAGGAAUGUAAUGGGCAUAACAUAUUAAUUCAAGCAAAGCUUUUGACCUAAUCCCAUGUGACUUCUUAAGUUCUUCAGGGGGAAACGUGAACUGGAACAACUUAGUGUAAGGUGUUGGAUACGCAUGGUGAUAGAAGAAAAUUGGAUUGAACUAGGAGACCAGUGACUAUUUCUCUCCAGCUCUUAGGCUUCUCAUAAUAUAUGCACAAUUCAUUUUGCAUGCAUUGGAAGUGUUGUAUGCAUUUGGGAGGAAUUUGGAGUAGCUUCAUAUUAAUUACUUUCCCUAAAACAAAUCUAAGUGUAAAAAAAGAAAAGCCUUUAUCUUGUAACAUGUGAUGGUCAGAACAUAUUUGCAUUCUUCUGAAAAUAUACUGCUGAGGCAGACAAGAAUGUACGGUGGCUGCUCAGUCCCUAUCCCAUUGCAUAAAAACAGAUUCACUCCUUCACUUCCAUGGGCACCAGUCACUGCAUGGAGGCAAAACUUGUGUGCUGAAUAGUAAGAUUCUAGCCCUUAUUGUUGUAGAUGAAAAACUGAAGAUGCAGAGUCAGUGUGUACUUAAAACUAAGAAACCAGAAGGAGAUUGGGACAAAGUGGCCGAUUCCACUAGUUUAGCCUGGGCUCCCCAAUGCAGCACCUGUGGAUACCAACUUUUAAUUUUUUUAAUCAUGUUUCUGGCUGGUAUGUGUAGGGGACCUACUUUUUGUCUUAUUUGGUGGGGUAUAGGUGAUUUGCUUGUUGGGUUUUUUGGGUGGGGAUGUUUCUGAGUAUUGCUAGCUUUUCUUUGAUGGAAUGGGUACUUUUGUUGCCUAUGACAAUACUUUAAAAGGUGCCUCUGGGCCCGUAAACAUUGGGACCUUUGUAUAGACAUAGGACUUUUUUACUUGGCCCUGUUCUCUGCUUCACUUCAUGGCUCCUGAUAAUCCACCCCAUGCCUUACUUGCCAAUGCUGCUGAUCUUUCUCCUCAAAAUCUCAUUUUUCCUCUGAAUGAUUUAUUCAGGUUUCACUGUUGGGUAGCAUUUUUGGAGUAGUAUUGUGCAGGAGCUAUGUUCACCCUGCUACCACAUCCUUGUUUUUAUGUAAUAGGUGUCCUAAUCUUGACUGCUGCCAAUAGCAAAUGCACUAAAAAGCUUGACAGCCUUAUAGUUUGGAGGCUGGGGGCGCCCAAGCACAUGAUUAAUGACAUUGACACUCACCCCCCCCAAAAAAAAACCUUCCCUUUUUCUCAAUGCUGAUCCCAGCAUAGCUCACUGAUGAUUGCCUUAGACAAAAUCAGAAAGCCCAUCAGGCCAUGUGCCUGCUUGUUCUUUUAUAUUGGAGAUGGCUUGGUGUGAUUGUCAGGCUAGAUUCCAGGGAUCUUCCACCUCAAAUGAUGAGAGCAGGAUAAUUGUUUCCCAGGCAGGAAGAGAUUGUUAGAACAUGGCUAUUUCCCCCAGGCAGCUUAGCCUCAAUUCAGCAUUAUGACUCCUUUGAUGUGUAUACUUACACAGUGAAGUUGGGGCUUUGAUGCUACUAAACACUCCUCUAGACUUGACACCACUUUACUUGAUAGGCUUUGAGGGGGGCAUUGCAACACGUGCUGGUGGAGAAAGGCUAAAGUACCGUUGUACUGUUGUGUGAUGCAACCUGGCAGUUUGGCUUCUUGGAAAGAGCUUUGCUGGCAGAGAAAUGGGAAGUGCCCCGAUAUCUGCAAAUGCUGCCCUGUGGUUCUGUCAAGGGGAGCAAAAAGAAGCAAAAAGGCUCUGUGGUCUGUGAUGGCUCCAUGGCCACAUGAAUAAAUGGCUUUGCCCCAUGCCCCCACCCCCAGCAUUUCACUAGAUUCAUCUCAGUUGAGGUUAAGAUCAGUGAUGUAAACAGAUUCCUAAAUUUGAAAUUGGCUUAAUUCCCAGGCUACGGGCUCCACUAGGAAACAAUCAGUGCAGAAAUCCGCCCAUUCUCUGCUCCUCCAACUUUGUAGAGCUUAAUUUCCAAGAGUGAGUGUUACAUGUUGAAGGAAUUCUUAAGCUCCAUUGGCUUUUUCUCAGGCCUUUAUGGUGAGAUGCCAUUUAGCUCUGCUGCUUUCUGCUGCUGCUGCUUUAGCAAAAAAACCAAAACAACCUGUGUUGCAUAAGUCUACCUGCGCUGCUCAAGUCAUGCUUCAGUGGAGUCUGAAUCCUUGAAAGACCACUUCUCUGCUAGUAUACCUUUAUGAGCAUGAUGCUCAACUCAGUCUCAACAGUUGCCUCUUCACCGCCCGCCCACCACAAAUAAAAGCACUAGGCACAUGUUCCUAGCCCCAGGCUGUCCUUUGUUACAUCAGGCCCCUGUGCCAUUUUCUUAGGAAGGCCCCUGUUGCUCAUGUACAUGACAGAGGUUCUGGGUUUGGGAGAUUAGAUCCUCCUGCUCCUUCUGCUCUCUUGGCUCUCCUCCCCUUCAGUUUCAGUGGCAAGAAGGCCUGGUGAUGUGGCUGGCUGCACAAUUCAGCUCUGUGUACUGUCGUUAUACUGAAAAUAGAACAGGGAAGUCCCCAGAGUUGCAAAAUGUCUGGAUUGCCCCAUGCUGUAGGGAUGACCUGACACCUUGGCUUUCUCAGUCAUACCUGCAGUUUCUGGAUGCAGAUGAGGUGACAGCAACAUAAAAACUCUGGUUCUGGCUGAGUCAUACACAAGGGAGAAUGCUCUUCCAUUUGGCACAUCUUAGCUGUUUGCCAUUAACUGGUCUUGGUCUUGGAAAAUAAAUCAUUUGUUCAAAGGCUGCUUUUCCUUGGCAAACGGUUAGCCCUUUUUGUGUGGGAGGGAGCAGUUCACAUCCAUGGGAAUGUUUGAAAGAUGUUCUCCACUUCAGAAGCUGGUACUGAAAUGAGAUGGGAACGGGGCAGAAUCCCUUGAGGUUAGCUUUGCAGUUCUGCCAGCAACAGAAGCCAGGAAACCAACUUCCUGAACUGCUCUGCCAUUGUUGUUAAACUCUUCCCCCCUCUUCUCUUUCCUCCUCCAGCUUCAAACUCUAAUCCAGGAGGCAGACCCUGGUGCUGAUUACCGCAUUGACAGAGCAUUGAACGAAGCCUGCGAAUCAGUGAUACAAACAGCCUGCAAGCACAUCCGUGCUGGAGACCCCAUGUAAGUGAUGGAGAUCCCCUGCUUUUGCUACAGUUUACUGCUGUUUUAGCUUGGGCUGAAAGAAGCCUGUUAAACCUGGGGGAAGAGAUGGACUCAGAUUGUCUCUUACAUAAAGACAGAUGUUGACUUGGGGUGAAAGGGUUUCUUGUGGGCAUACAGGCAGACUUUUAUUAUGCAACAGCUUCUCAUCACCCUUACAAAUGCAAGCUGUGGGAAAGUACAGGCCAAAGGUAGACCACUAUGGAGAAGCACAUGUGCUUUAAAGCAUGCAGUUACUCAGCUCCCCCAUUCUACAAAUACCUCCUUCCCCUCCCACCAGUGAGAGGCUCGUUGUUGCAAUGUCUGGUAUGAAGGCUCCUGAAGAUUGCAUAUAUCAAUAUAACAUGACUUUCUUUCCAUAGGAUUCUCUCUUGCCUUAUGGAGCAUUUGUAUACAGAGAAGAUGGUGGAAGAUUGUGAGCACAGGCUCCUGGAGCUCCAGUACUUCAUCUCACGGGACUGGAAGUGAGUGCUGGGCAUGGGGACUCUCAGUUCUGUUGCAGGACUUUCUAGCAGCGGCAGUUGGGUCAAAAAGGUCUUGUACUGCGGGGCCACGGGUGGCUUUAAUUCUCUAGUCACUAGCUAGAGGUUCAGAAAGAGUUCUUUUCAUUCACAACUUGGAGAACUUGAUGUUUAUACACAACCGUUAUUCCCCAAAUUUCUGUCAAUGCCUGCUAUAGGAGGGGGAGACAAAUUAAAGUAGAGGUUCUGGCCUGGGCAUUACCUUCAAGAGCUGCCUCAUAUUGAAUGUGCACCACAGGAUAAUGCCCUCUCACCCCAAAUUUCAGCCUCCGCCUAACUAUAGAGGGUGUCUCAGUGUAAGCAUUGUGUCAAAAGUAAAGUUUCCUGUACUUAUGUAUUAUUAAUAGUGUUUUAUGAACUGUCAGCUCAUUAAGAAAAAAUUGUGGUGAUGUACAACACCAUCAAGUUAUAAUUAUGUUUAAACAUCAUACAAUUAUAAAAACAUGAAAUACAGAACAAAUGGCUUAAUGCUAACUGACAUUCUCUAAACACACUUAAGGCCUUUCUGAUUACACCAGUUCUAAAGUACUGGUGCCACUAUGCUUUUUAAAUUUUUUAGUUUGCAUAGAAACCAAAUGAAAGUAUGAUAACUGUUGGAUAGUUAGAAGGGCUUCUCCAGCUGAUCACAGUUAGCUGGCUGGUAUAAGAGCAUAGGGCCUGUUUCUCAUGAGGACAUAUUUCUUUCUAGUGUAGGGUUUAAAUUGUUUUUGCUUCUUAAGAGCAAAAUUCUUAUGUAUGUUCACAUUCUUAUGUGUACCAAUGCACUUUAACAUUUGCAUCAAAUUUUAUAGCCCCAAGUGGCUUACAGAAAAUCUUCCUAAUCAUAUUAAAAUCUCAGACUGCAAAACUGUUACACAGUUGGAAUUGGUUGCAGUAAAAAAACACAGAUAUUUUAUUGGCAAGACUUUAAAUAUGUCUCAGUUUUAUUACUCAGGUGACUCGCAACUUGUGUGCAUUUAACUUGUGCAGUUGAUGGCUGACCAGUUGAAAUUGCACAAAUUAAAUGCAUGGACGCCUGAGAACUUAAACGCUCUUUUUGCACAUUGUUUUCCCAACACAAAAAAGAGCUUUUAAGCUCUCAGACUUGCUUACUGGGCUCUGGGAGGAUCUUGAAUAAUCUCAGACAGCCCCAUGAGAUAUUGUGGAAAACUCUUUGCCUUGCCUGGGGGCGGGGGUGUUAUAAGACCCAUUCAGCACAACAGCUCCAGAAGGUAAGGAUAGUCAUGUAGGAGAGAUUUGACUAUACGUGUUUUUGAGUAUAUGCACUGUCCCUGGAACAUAACCCCUGUGCAAGUUGCGAGUGACCUGUAUGGCUAAAUGGAAAUUGCACCUAUGAAGGUUUUCAUUUCUGAUUUGCUACAUUCUAGAGGUGAAAUAAAUGUUGUGUUGAAGUGAAAUGCUGUUAAUCUUAGGUGUGUGAAGAAAGGGCAUUUUAGAACCUCAUGGUGGCUUCACUGAUUCUUCUACUUUGACAGACUGGAUCUUGUGCUCUAUCGCAAGUGCCAGGGAGAUGCAUCCCGACUUUGCCAUACACGCGGCUGGAAUGAGACGAGUGAGAUGAUUCCUCCUGGGGCCAUCUUCUCCUGCCUGUACAGACAUGCCUAUCGUACAGAGGAACAGGGGAGGAGGGUAGGCACCAGUCAGUUGCUUUAGCAGUCUUCCUUUAUUGGAAAAUGAAUGUGAUUUGGGGGCAUGUGCUAGUUUAUCUGUGGCUUCAAAUGUAAGCUUUGAAUAUCUCUUAAGGCAGCAGAGAAACUGAGCAGGUGAUACUGGGGAAAAGCAUGGAGGCAAGCCAACUAUAGUCCACUCUACAGGUCACCUGGAUGCUUUGCGACAACUAAGUAGGUAUAACAAAUGGAGACCCCCUGUGCAUCUGUGCACCCUAUGAGAUUGGGGUUUAAUGUUUGAGCCUCUGGAGACUCAAACAGGCGUGCAGGAAUUCUCCUAAAACCCUUUAGGAAGAAGCCUCAGGAAACACUUUUGUAGCUAAGGUAUGUGGUCUUGCCUCUGCUUUUUGUAGCUGAGGUCAGUGCUGAAUAUAGUGGGAAAUCUCUUCAUAUGAAGGGUGGAGAAACAAAAUAGGUGGCUUGUUGCAUGAAUGGCUGGUGAAGCUGUGACCACCAGACAGAUAAUCUGUAUCCUGUAGGUGGUAAUUAGAAUGUGGUUGGUGAUGAGCUGAGUUGCAUAAUCAGGAAUUCAUGUGAGUGCAGUUUUUGCUGGGUUGAGUCAUUUCAGACUCGGGGGUUGUGGGAAGAAAAAGGGAAUCCAUGUGUGAAUGCUUUCCGCAUGUAAACUUUCUCCACAGGCAGAACUAGCAUGUUGGGGAGAAGUGGGGAGUUCUCAAACAUCAUCUCCCACCCACAGCCUGAAAUAGUGAAGCCUUGCAAAAGGUGCACUGCAUGACUUCCUGGCCUUGUAUUCCAGUUUAUAAACUUAAGCUGGGGAGGAGAGGACAGUCUGCUGCCUCUUCUUCUACAGCAUAAGUGAUACCCACAUACCUUUUCCCCUUCUCACCUUCUGAAGUCAGAAGGUGGCUGGUUGCUGCUUUGUGCCUGCUCAGGAAAGAACUGUUGAACAGACUUGGCAGCUGCUCAGUUGCUUUGCAAGUCAUUCUCCCUGUGGGGGAGAAAAAUGGAGUAGUGCCUUGCUCCUUUUUUCUGCCUCCUUUUUCUGCCAACAUGAAUUGUGGUGGGUCUCCGCUUGCUAUGUCUAAUUAGUUUUUAGGUUGUGCAGGAUGCCAUGCACAGCUAGCUGUCCCUGGCACUGUUUUCAGAGUACCAAGAAUUUUAAAUCCCCAAAGAGUCCUUGCCAUGCUCUAGCAGAUCCUUCUGACUUCUGCUAGCCUGGAGAUUUGAGGUUAUCCCUACCAAUCUAGCACUAGGCUUCUUUGUCUGUAUUUUAUUGGCUUCUUCUCUUAAACAGCAAGCCAGCCCCUCCACACACGUGAUGCCACGGUAUCUCGUUCACUUUUUGACAACUUGUUUAGACUUGUCCUUCAAUUAAACACCUUCUGUCUGGAUGUGGGGACUUGUCCAUCUAAGCUGCAGGGAAGGUUAAAAAAAUGAGGGGAGGGGCCUGCAUGGGAGGCCUGCUCUGGGCCUGUGUGGGAGGUGACCAAGCAUAGCAUAAAGAGAACUUUACUUUUACUAAUGCUGGAAAGAGCACCUUCCUUCCCAGAUCUGAGCAGUUGGGGUUGUUCAUCUGGAACAAAUUUGUACACUUGUUCUUGGCAGCUAUCCCGGGAAUGCAGGGCAGAAGUACAACGAAUUCUACACCAGCGUGCCUUGGAUGUAAAACUGGAUCCAGCUCUCCAGGACAAGUGCAUGAUAGAUCUGGGGAAGUGGUGCAGUGAGAAAACAGAGACUGGACAGGUAUCUCAAAAAUUUAAACCAAUAAUCUCAUGUUGAAAUUGUUGUAUAAGUUAGAAAGCAAAACACAUUCACUUUAAAUGCCCUGGUUCUGCUAUUUCUUCAUAAACAUUUCUGAAUUUUACUAAAUUUUAAUGUUCAAAAGUUUCUGUAUUGCGUUUUGUGCUUCGAUUUAGCUUAAUUAGUGAAGGGAAGGCACUAAACCCAUGUGUGCAUCAGGAGAAAGCAAAGCAUUGUUUGUCCCAAUUUAUCCAACCUAGAGCAACCUGGAGUGGUGACUUGCUGAUCCCCGGGGUUAUGUUGCAUUGCAGAAGUGUGGUGUUGGUUGGGGUGAAAUGAAAGAUGUCCCAGAGACAUAGCAAGGUGCAUUUGGGUGGCUUUCAAGCGAUUAAUGAGAUGAACCCAUUUGUUCUGUGUUAAGAUUCUUUGUGUCCCCUUUAGGAACUUGAAUGUCUCCAGGACCAUCUGGAUGACUUGGCGGCUGAAUGCAGAGACAUUGUUGGAAACCUUACAGAGCUGGAGUCUGAAGUAAGUAAGCUUUGUCUGGAAGGGAAAGCUCCAGUAUUUAGUUGUUAGACUUGCACCAUGUGAAUGGCUUGCUGAUUUUUGGGUUGCCCUCCCAAGUAUCUUCAAAAGGGUGCCAUUUUCAUGUAUUUGAGUCAUCUAAGAAAGAAGGUAAAGUAUCAGAUCUUAAUUGGUUGUCCAGAUAAAGUAACUCAAGCCUGAUAUCAUUAGAAAGUACGGAGUAUUCAUGUAAAUGAGUCUUUCUUUCUUUCUUUCUUUCUUUCUUUCUUUCUUUCUUUCUUUCUGUCUCUCUGUCGGCUGUAUGUGUAAAAGUUGUGCCUUUCUAUGGCAGGUAUCAUUUCCUUAAAACGGCUGUGUUUUGGUCAACUCUAGUUAGCUUUUAUUUGGGGCAGCAAACUUUAAGGCAGCCUUCCCUACCCUGGCCCCCUCUAGAUGCUUUGGGCUUCACCUCUCAUCACCCUCAGCCAGCACAGCUGGAAAAGCUGCUUUAAGUGAUAUUUUUUGCAACCUGUUCCUGCUCCCAAUGACUUCUUACAGUAGCUGUUCUUGUCAACAGAAGUCUUCCUAGCUUGUCUCUAGGGAUGCUCACAUCCCAGGAGACUUUCCCACUCUGAUGUACAAACAUAACAUGAGCAACAGUGUGAACUGUCAGAAAAACUGGGUGUGGCCUUGGGUGGACUUAUUGCUUUCUCUCUCCCUCUUGUAGGAUAUUCAGAUAGAAGCCUUGAUGAUGCGAGCAUGUGAGCCAAUUAUCCAGACCUUCUGCCAUGUAAGUAACUCUUACUCAUACUUGUUCUAAUUUGGAUAAGGAUUGAGUGUAGAGUUCCUCCAUUAGUAUCAUUUGAGGGGAGGAAGACCAUAGCCAUGUGCAUGCCUUGUAGUUCCCCCUUCAUGUUAAGCAUACUUUGCUGGAAUGUCCAUAAUUCUCAAGGCCACAACCAGCCUUCUUGCAUCCCCAGUUCCCUGCUCAGAACUUAGCCUUAAUUACAGUGCUGGUUUGGAUACCCAAAAGUCAUAGCAAGCAGGUACAAGACUGCAUGCGUGCUGUGAUUCCAUGGGUGCACAGAAUGGGACAGUGGUAAUUCAGUUUUCUGGCCUUUUUCUUCUUCCAUUUUCUAAAAGCAAAUAUCUGGUUUCGCUUGAAACUCUUUAGCUGGUGCCUGCUGAAAUAUCUGAAUAUAAGGGGUGGGUGAAAAAAUUUCCAGUAGUCUUGUGCAGGACUUUUCAUUGUUAGUUUAUUGAUGCUCAUCAUGCACAAAACCAGAAUAAAUUAUACAGAGUAGGAGCAAGUAUGUAGAAUUCAGCUAUUGUUGCAUAGUCUUUGUAUAUCUCUGGCAUACCAGCCCUAGUUAAAUUGCAAAAUGUGUUUAUGGCAUUUAAUAGAUUGUGUUGCAUUUUUGGGUCCAGUGGGGGCAUGUGCAGCUGCAAAGCAACUUGAGAGCUCUGGGGCUAACCAGCCCUGACUAGUCAUUUUAACAAUCAGGUUUCAAAUGUAAGCCAGAGAGGUGCAAUUACCUUCUCCAGCUUUAAAUCAUGGGUCCCGUUGCUUCCUCAACUGAGGUACAGAGACUUCCAGGAAGGGAGUUAGUUCCCGACAGGUUGUCAUUAGUCUGUCUGUCUGUCCCAUCCCCCCCAAUAUCCCAUUCAGGAAGUGGCAGACAACCAGAUUGACUCAGGAGACCUCAUGGAGUGCCUCAUUCAGAACAAACACCAGAAGGAGAUGAAUGAAAAGUGUGCAAUUGGAGUCACACACUUCCAGCUGGUGAGUGUGGCUGGUUCUCCAGCAUCCCCUAGUUUGACUGAGUCUGGGAGCCAGACAGCCAUUAUCCCUUUUUGCUCUGGAAGGCCAAAGGCAUUUUCCUGUCUGCUGGAAUUUGAACUGUUAUGGCAUAGUCCCCUUUUCAGUGCUGCCUUGGCUUAUUUGCCACAAAUAAGCUUCCGGAUGUUGACUACUUUGUGCCUUUAACCACGUUCCUUCCAAAUCUGCCAUUCUCAUUUUGCAGUUGGAGGCAGGUGGUGCAUGUGGUUGGACCCAUAGUGAUUUGGAUGGGAAUUGCAUUCAACCUUAGCCUCACUAGAAGGGAUAACUUGAACUGAAGCUCAAAGGUGGCAAGGCAAGAAGCAGGGCAGAGAGAUGCCAUUGACUGGGGCUGCAGUAGCAGAUAUUCUUUGAAAGACUUGCUGUGCCUGACCUUGAGAGGAGCCUGUUUGCUUUUCUUUCUUUAGGUUCAGAUGAAAGAUUUCAGAUUCUCCUACAAAUUUAAAAUGGCCUGCAAAGAGGAUGUCCUGAAGCUGUGCCCCAACAUCAAGAAAAAGUAUGUGUGUGUGUCAGAAAUUUGGCCUCAUGGCUUUUGAAUGCUAGAGAAACUUUUGUCUCUUAAUCAGAAAGUGGGUGAUAACCAAGAGUUUUACACCAAGAUAGCCUGGUGUUAUAACACUUCUGUCCUCUUCAGGGUGGAUGUGGUGAUCUGCCUGAGCACCAUUGUACGCAAUGACACGCUGAGAGAUGCAAAGGAGCACCAGGUCUCCAUGAAGUGCCGCAAGCAGCUACGUGUUGAGGAGCUGGAAAUGGUAAAAGUUGCCCUCUUGUUACUCUGAGGCUUCACAAAGGCUUCUGUGGAGGGUUGCAUCAGCUAGCACUACCCUGAAAAUAUUUGGCUGCCCCUCAGUGCUAGUUUCCUUCUCUCUAAUUACCAUUUCUUACAUUCUAAAUCGGGCUUAUAGCAGGCUUCUUUGCAAAUGUUGGCUUUUCCUGGAACCUUGCCACAAGAGGCAGUUUUUGCUGAGCCAAAACCAGCCCCAGCUGUUGGGAUUUGUUCAACCAGCUCCCUUGGACCAAUAGAACUGCAAGCACCUUCUCUCUCUCUCUCUCUCUCUCUCUCUCUCUCUCUCUCUCUCUCUCUCUGUGUGUGUGUGUGUGUUUUUAAGGGAUUUUUUCCAGAGCUCUCCUGGGCAGCCAAACUGAAGACUGCACUGCACAAGUGUGUUAUAUUUUGAUUCAUAGCUUUGGCCUCAAAUAGCUGAAAGACUGCCUCUUCCCAAUCGACCUUCUAGGGCAGCUUUUCUCAACCCUGGAUCUUCAGAUGUUCUUGAACUACAAUUCUCAUCAUCUCUGACCACUGGCCAUGCUGGCUAGGAGUGAUGGGAGUUGUAGUCCAACAAAAUCUAGGGACCCAAGGUUUAGAAAAGCUGCUCAGGGGUGUUAAGACCUGUAGAGGGUAGUUCCGCCACCCUCAGAAGUUGAAGGAAUGGCAGCCUGGGAGAGGGUUUUCUCUGUGACAGCCCCUACAUUGCGGAAGUCCCUCCCUAUAGAAGUAUCUCUAGCAUCUUCAUCGCAUAGCUGAAGGCAUAUCUCUUUCAUCCUGGCCUUUGACCGUUAAAGUAUUUGUUUUGUGGGGCCUCUUUUGCUGAAUUUAAAGUGUUCUGUUCCCCUUGGAAAGGUUUUGCUUGCUUUAUAAUUAUUAACAGCUUUAUAAAUUUAUAUUAUGGUUGUAAUCCACUGUGCAGCAUGAGGGUGAAGAAGAAUGAGUAAAGAGAGCCUAUUAAAUAAAUAUAUAACCUCAAGAGUGCUGAUGGUUGCCUGCAGAAAAUUUCCUAGUUAGAAGAUAAACACUUGGUUCUCUCAUGGGCUUUUUACUUUUUUAAAUUGGAUUUGUUUGCUUUGGAUGUUCAAGCUUUCCACCUCCCCUUUGAGUCUGAAUCCUUUUUCAAUGUGAUUCAUCUUGCAGACUGAGGAUAUCCGCCUGGAACCAGACCUUCAUGAGGCCUGCAAAUCGGACAUUAGGGACUACUGCCAGAACGUCCCCUAUGGCAAUGCUCAGGUGAUCUGCCUUUUCAGUGUGCGCUCUCUCGAUGUUUCUGCCUAGCCAGAGAGGCUUUGACUGGAAUACAUUCUGCAUCAAAGCCCAUUUCAGUCUGCUUUGAUUUACAGACCUUUUGCUUGUACUCUGACUCACAGCCAAGUCCACUGGAUGGGCUGAUCAACUUCCUAAGCACCACUGGCAAGUGUUUCUCCAGCACGACAGAGCACUUCUCCAUGGGCUCAAUUUUCCUCUAGCUCUUCCUUAGUCAGUGGCUACAAAAUAUCCCACCCUUCCAAAGGAGCCUGGUUUACAUUGAAACUACCAGGUUGACUGUUGAAGAAAGAGCUUUUACUCGCUGAGUUGAACUUUCAGCCACUAAAGCUUUUUCCCCCCUAGGCUAAGUGAACACAGUGACUUCCAUCUUAUGAGUUGGCUUUUAAUAUAAUUUCUUUUGGUACUUCUAAACCCUCCUCAAUUUAGCAUCCUCCUUAGAAUACUUCACCCAAAAUGUGCUGUGGGCGAGACCUCCUCAGUGCCACUAUUGCUCCUGUUUUAGAUGAGGUGCUGCUUAAAAUAAUGCAGGGGUUUGGCUAUUUUGUUCCAUAGCCUUUGCUUUGUUAUUUUAAAGCCAUUGAGUCAUUUACUUACUCCCAGAUUAGCAAUGCUGCCAUCUAGUGUCCAGUUACCCUUGAGAUGUUCUAUUUAUUUAACUGCAGAUUAUUGAGUGUCUUAAGGAAAACAAGAAGCAACUCAGCACUCGCUGCCAUCAGAAAGUCUUCAAACUUCAGGAGACGGAGAUGAUGGAUCCAGAACUGGAUUAUACUCUCAUGCGUGUUUGCAAGCAAAUGAUCAAGGUAAGGAUGGCUGGUUGAUGAGGGGAGGCUUAGAAUCAGGCCACAUCAUGUUGCUUUCAGUGUAACAUUUUCUCUCCAUGCAAGAGUACAUGUAGCUGACAUUGCCUUGAAAUAGGAAUCCACAUGGAUUUUUGUAGGAAGAUUUUUGGACGUUUAAACUGGGUUUCUGCCUGCUGCUGCUCAUGAAGACUUCUCAGAUUUGUAGAUUUCCAUAUUUAUUUGUCUGCAAAGGCAAAAUCUUGCAUUGGGAAUUGGCCCAUCUUGUACACACACCCAGAGGCCAUUUCUGCAUAGCAUGGGAUGAUUUGUUAAUAUUCACAAUAUUCUAUGGUGCAAACCAAAUCUGACCAUUUUUAGUGUACAAGCUUGACUCUUCAUUCUGGAAAGAUUCAAACGGUUCUAAUCUUAAAACAUCUCCUGCCCUCAAGUAUAUAUUUUUAAAUAUCUAGCUGUGAAUAUGCAGUUGAUAUUCAACCAUAUUCUAAUCUUCUACCAGAUAUUCAAGCAUAUCUGGUGAAAGAUCAGAGAAGUAAAACUGAAAUGGCAAAGUGUCAAACCCUGGUUGAGGGGCAAGCUUUUUCUUUCUCCUCUGCUGUAACUUCUGUAGAACUUCAGGCUUUCUCAGAACUUUAGGCAGGUGCAUGCCCUAAAGGCCUGAUACUAAGGGGGAUACAGCAAAAAAGCUCUUGGAAGUGCAGCGGCUCUUUGAUUUCUCUUCAAACUACUCAGACCAGCAAGAGGAUCAUGUGGAAUUAUAGCUGAGCGAAGCCCCACUUUUCCCAUCUCCCUGUCCUGUUCUUGGUUCAAUGUGUUUCUAAACUUUCUCUGCAAAAGUACAUUGAUUCAGAGGUGCCAUUCCCACCACCUCUCCUGACAUUAAUGGGCAUGGGUAUCAACACAACACCUUUUAAGAAUUCAUUCCAUGCCAAGCAACUUCUGGGUUAGCCUGGAAGUGCAGUGAUGCCUGACUUGUGCCUCUUCAUCAGUUUGCAUUCAGGCAACAAGAGUCCUGGCUUAAGAUGGGAAGUGCUGUUGCUCUCCCCUUGCUGACUCGUUGGUGCUUUCUCUCCCUCUGUCAGAGAUUCUGUCCAGAAGCAGAUGCAAAGAACAUGCUGCAGUGUUUGAAACAGAACAAGAACAGCGAAAUGAUGGAUCCCAAAUGCAAGCAAAUGAUUACCAAGCGCCAGAUUACACAGAACACAGGUAAUGGUGGGGCUUUUCUUGGAAUUGGGCCUGGGGUCUGCACUUAAGGGCUGUAAUCUUUAUUACCUGAAAUGUCUGAUAUAUCCCAUCUGGACUACUGUAAUGUGCUCUACGUGGAGCUGCCUUUAAAAUGUGCUCAGAAAUUUCAGCUAGCCCAAAGAGCUGCAGCCAGACUGUUGGCCAGGGUUAGAUAUAGGGAGCAAAUGAUUUCCUUUUUAAAGCAUUUCCAAUGGCUACUGGUCUGUUUCCAGGAACAAUUCAAAGUUCUGGUUAUGACCUUAUAAAGCCCUAUACAGCUUAGAUCCUGGCUAUCUGAAAGACCAUAUUCCCUCAUACGAACCUACCUGGGCCCUGAGAUCUUCGGGGGAGGCCCUUCACUCAGUCACACCACCCUCACGGCAUGUUUGCCGGGCACACAAGAUAGGACCUUCUUGGUAACUGCUCCCAGACAUUGGAACGCUCUUCCUAGAGUCGUUAGACUGGCUCCUUCCUGGUUGCCCUUCUGCUGGCAGGUGAAUACUUUUGUAUUUCAACAGGCUUUUAGGAACUGACCUUUUUUAAGGAAAGGGCUGGUGCUAGGAUAUUUUAUAGUUGUUAUUUAUACAGGUAACUCACAUCUUAUGCUUAUUUUACUUACACGAUUGUAGCUUUGUGGGUGGCUGGUAAAUAAAUAAAUGGAGAGCCAAGGAAACCCACUCUCCAUUUAUUUAUUUCCUCCCCACACGUGUGCAUAGCUGUGAUCACAUGCUUAUCCUGCUUUGGGAAGGCUGUGGGAGGGCUCUGGCAGCGUCCCAAGUUCAGCCUUCCUAGACUAGACUGUCUUGUUUGCUUUGUUUGUGUGGCAUAAAUGUUUUGUCUAUUCAGGUCUGCUGUAGGUAUAAUCCCCUCCAAGGCAAACUUUUCUUGAGUGUUAAAAUAAUUUGUCCUCUCCUUGCACAACCCCAUGCCUUCACCAUUCAGCUCUAUUUAUAUGCAGUACUGGUUAGAACAUAACAAAGUUGGAAACCAGUGUGUUUUGGAUAGUUGUUUUUAAAUUUUGAUAUCCCUAACCCUGUGUGCAUCAUCAGUUGAUAGCCACCACAGAAGACUUUCAUAUCACCUCAUCCAUGACACUUGGCAAUGAUUUAGCAUUGGCAUGCCCUCCCUAUCACAAGCAGGACCUACAAACCACAAUCCGUACCUAAAUGUUACGUAUGAAUCAGAGAUAGUAGUUUGUUGUGACCCUAACAAACCACAGUGUAAAGCUAAAGCUUGUUCUUGGCUUCCUUGUUCUUCUGCAUCCUUUGAGCAGAACAAACAACAUUGCUGAUGUGGAUAUGAUGCUAAGCCAGGGUUUGUUGCUUGCACUAGGGGAAGAGAGAAGCAGGAGCAAUCUCCAUAUUAAUGGUCAACCAUGACCAUGAGAGCUGGGAACUGGGUAAGCUGAAUUCUACAGCUUGUUCUAUGCUCCCACAGGAUUGUGGGCAUCUGCUGAGCCAUGUGUGUAUGUAGCUGGUUUCCUGAGAGCCAAGGCCUUGCAAUUUGGCUACAUUACGGGCAACUCAGACAGAAAGAACUCCAGUGCUAGGCUGCUUAGUAAAAGUGGCUCAGUUCUGCAGCUGGCGCCUCAUUCCAGCGGCCGGUCUUCAUCACUAAUUUUGCUCCUUUCUUCCUUCGUAGAUUACCGCCUGAAUCCAGUGCUCAGGAAGGCCUGCAAAGCUGACAUCCCCAAGUUCUGUCAGAGCAUUCUGACCAAGGCCAAGGAUGAUUCCGAGCUUGAAGGGCAGGUCAUAUCCUGCUUGAAGCUGAAAUACGCAGACCAGGUGACUUAUGGGGCAUGUGUUUCACAAGGACCUAGGGCCAGAAGGCCCCCAAAGUGACUUGUUAUGCUAUGUGGCGUGUGCCAGUCAACAAGCAUGUUUAAAAUACAGGCAGGUCUCAGAAGCUUAGGCCCAGUUAUACAGGUCCUCUGGGAAUUUGUAACAGUGAUCUGAUUUAGUCAACCUAAACGUAAAAGUUACGUUUAUUUAACUUCAAAUUUAAAAAGUGUGCUGUGUAAAUUUUACAUGCUGAUUAACUAAAGAAUUUUUCCAGCAACCAAGCAUUUGAAAUGAAUGUUGAUUAUGAGAGAAAAAUCAAUAAAACCCACUUAAUAAGACAUUUUAAGAUGGGACAAUUGAAAACAUGCAGUUCCAUACACGGUUUAAUGUUUGUAAAUAAUGGAGUGUUUAACAUUAAUUUUAUCAAGUCCUAAAAGUUAACCACUUAUAUUUGGAAAAAGUUGUAACUAUAUUGAAAUCGCACAAUUCAUUAUGUUAUUAGCUUAUUUUUUGGAACAGUGAAUUUCUGGUAAUCCAUCUGGUGUCACUGAUCAGCCUAAGUGGUGCAAUCAUUAUGUUAAAAGGAGUGAUGUGUAAAGCAGCCACUGAGAGUUGAGAAGGCUUCUUCUUGGACCUGCAGACAGAAAGUAGAGGUGAUCAUUGAGCUGCUGGUAGCCUUCCUCUGCUUAUCUUAUCUCUUUAUCAGCUAAAUGGCCCUGCUCUUUUCCCUCAUGAAUAUAUUGAGGGAUAUUAGGAGACAGAAUAUGAGCAUAGGCAAACAAUGAAGGAGGACUUAUCUCUGCCUUAUCUCCCUGGAAGCAUUCAGAAUUCCCAGCUGUCAGAGGCUCACUUGCAUGGAGCUUCUUCUGGUGUGGUGAAUGUAACACAUAAUUACCCUCUUUGAUCAGAUUGCUUUGGCUUGCUGUAUUCUUGCAUCUUGAACUGAAUUGCAGGUUUUGUCUAAGUGCUGCCUCAUCUGAUGUUUUCCCAUAUGAAGAAUUCUCCCUAUAGAAAAAAGCCAUAUACGAAGCUGCCUUUUGCUGUCAAAGAUUGACUUUUAAGAGAUUUUUUUUUAAUGAUUUUUAUUAAGGUUUCAGUAAAAAGUUAAACAGAAAAACAUAAAAAAGAAAUACACAAAUACACAAUACAUAAUCCAAAAAAGAUAAAAGCACAGAAAACAAAAAAACAAAAAAAAACAAAAAAAGAAACAGAACAUUUAAAAAGAAUAUCACCUUUUCAUUUCCGUUUUUAAAUUUACUUAUUUUCUGGACCUCCUCAUACCUCCCUCUUUUGUAUUCCAGUUCAAAUUGUUUGUCCAGCAAUUUCUUUCCCACCUUUUUAAUCCCAAUCUUUAAUCUUAAUAUAAUAUAGCAUUAAAAUUUUACCUCUUAAAUACCAAAUUUCCAUUUCCUUAAACUUCUUUAAUCCUAAUCUUUAAUCUUAGUCUAUCUAUAACUUUAAAUCCUGUACAGCUGGAAACCACUUAUUUUCAAUCCAACAUCACUCUAGCAUUCUUUAAUUUUGCAGUGUUUCUGUAAAUAAUCUUUGAAUUUCUUCCAAUCUUCCUCCACCGACUCUUCUCCCUGGUCACGGAUUCUACCAGUCAUUUCCGCCAGUUCCAUAUAGUCCAUCAGUUUCAUCUGCCAUUCCUCCAGCGUGGGAAGUUCUUGUGUCUUCCAAUACUUGACUUUUAUGAGAUUUUUAGUGCUAAAAAAUGCACCAAAAAUACAUGAUUGCUCAAGUUAGUUAAGAUUAGUGGUUAAUGGUUAGUAGUUAAGAUUUGUGCUGAAUGUGCAUUAAUGAUUCUGUGGCAUGACUGUUCUUGUUCUCACCCUUAAACAGCGUCUCUCUCCUGACUGUGAAGAUCAGAUUCGAGUGAUUAUCGAGGAAUCCGCUCUUGAUUACCGGUUAGAUCCUCAGUUGCAGAUGCACUGCUCAGAAGAGGUAGGAGCUUUCAAAUUCAAUCCUCCUUCACACUAUAUAUGUUGGCAAGUUCUCAUGAGCUCCUGGUAAUACAGUUUGAACUAUGGCGAUCUUGAUUGAAUCCCCCAGUAGUUUAAAAUCACCUUGUGGUUGUCACCUUUUGUGGCAUUUGCAAUUUGCAGAGAAUAGAUUUGUUCCAAGAGCAGCUUAUAGAGCAAAGCAUUAUGGGAAUCCAGCUUAGCAUCUUACACAAAAAUCGUUCGUAUUUCAUAUGGAAUCAUCCUGUCCAGAGUUAAGUUGAUAUGUAAAGUUCCUCCCCUUGGUCCUUUUCAUGCUAUGAGGAAUAGUGUGUGGGAGACUCCUUGUUUCAUCGUAACUGAUAUUUAAGGACCUCUUUGAGAACAAGCCUCCCAUGAAUUUGGAAAGGAACAGGAAGCUUAAAAGCAGGAGUAGACGGCCCCUAAUAGUAUUGCCUUGCCGAGCAAAGACUAUUAUAAUAGAAGCAUAGAAUCCUGCUCUUGCAGGGUGGAGAGUAGGUGCUGCUUGUCACCUCUGCUCAUUUCCAGAAAUUGUUCCAGGCUCUGCCAGCUGGAAUUUAGCUUAAGUCAGGGAAUAGCUUCCAGCCUUGGCCUUAGGCAACAUCCACAGUAGAGGACCUCUGGAUAAUGUUGCUAAUCCUUUGGGCUAUGUUACACUAUAAGCCUUUCCUCAGUAAUAAAGGGCUAACAUAUACUGAACCGGAAAGUAAGGUUGCAUUUGUUUCCCUUGCUAGAUUCCAUGUUUUGGACCUUUUUGUCACAUAAAUUUGUUCUAUCUCCCUCCAAAAGGAGGCUAAUUCGUUGGCCUGUGGUACUAUAACCUAAUGUAUUUUAUGUUUUUAAAGAUUUCUAGCUUGUGUGCUGAGGAAGCAGCAGCCCAGGAGCAGACAGGACAAGUGGAAGAAUGCCUGAAAGUGAAUCUGCUAAAGAUCAAAGCAGACAUGUGCAAGAAGGUAAAGAACUAGGUGUGCUUCUGUGCUAAUGGCAAGGGGGAGAAUGCUAGAUUGUGUACAGCUCAAUCCGUUGGUAUUCUCCUCACUUCAGAACUUCUUCGGCACUACAGCUUUGUUCUCUAGCUUGGAUGUUCCAAGGAUUCCUAGGGCUGGUUGUGAUUUGCUUUCCCCUCUGUCACUGCUCCUCAGUCCACUUCAGUCAGCCAAAGGAAGGCAUCCAUUCCUUCCCCUUUGCAUUUUUCUGUUGCCACACUUCAGCACAUCCCUUUCAAAUUCCGACCCGGCAACAGUCAUAAAUGCCUUCAUGACUUUGAGUAAGACUACUAUAAAUGUGCUCCAUUUGAAAGCAACUGGAGUCUUCCACACUGAAAAAAAAUUCUUACUUUAUUUGAGAACUGCUCAGGGCUAUAAAGCAGGGUUUAAGUAUUCCAAGUAUAAUGAAGCAGCAGGAGGAUGAGCAAGUUAAGAUGAAAUAUGCAAAUCAUUAUAUUGAGGGUGCAUUGCAAUUUUCUGCCCUUCUAGGAGGUGCUCAACAUGUUGAAGGAGAGUAAAGCUGAUAUCUUUGUUGACCCCGUCCUUCAUACGGCCUGUGCCCUUGACAUCAAGCACCACUGUGCUGCCAUCCCACCAGGAAGAGGGCGACGUAAGUCUUACAGCUUGCUAAGAAGCCCAGGAAGCAUCUCUGCCACCAGUAGUGCUACUUCCACAGAUUCAGUUGUUUUUAAUCUUCUGUUCCUGCCCUUGGUAUUGAACAAGUCUAGGCACAAUUGCACUCUAAACAACUUGCUUAGGAUAGAUUUGUACACUUCCUAGAGAUGUGAAGGACUAGUGGAUAGAAUCCCCCCACCAGUGGUAAAAAUCAAUAUACUUAGGGGGAAAACAGAGGAACUUUCAUACAACUUUCAGCAUCAUUGUUUAGAUUAAUGAGUAAAAUCCUUUCUAAGCAAUACGUAUUUUCUAAAAAUAUAUUAAAAAUAUGUUAAACACUGGGAUCACCAAUGUGGUGCCCGCAUGCACCCCUGAUGAUUUUGACUGGUGCCCAUGAAAUCUCUGAGCCCCCCAGUGCUCCCCCCGCCCAUGAAGUGGUGUGAUGGGAUGGUCGUUAACUGUUUUGUCACCUUGAGAAACACAUAAUAGCAAGAGGGUGGGAAGAUCAAGAUCAUGAUGAUCUGAGAAAAACUGUGCCUUCAAUCAUUUGUAACACUCUUUCCUCUGUUCUGCAGAGAUGUCUUGUCUGAUGGAGGCCCUGGAGGACAAGCGUGUGAGGUUGCAGCCUGAGUGUAAGAAGCGCCUUAACGACCGGAUUGAAAUGUGGAGCUACGCUGCCAAGGUGAGCAAAGCUGCUCACUUUAUUCCUCCAGGAAGACCUCUUCUGGGUGCCUAGGGAUUGUUGGGGAUAGGAGGGAAUUGGAACAGAUGGAAGGUUCCAGCAUGAUGAUGUGUUGGUGCUGAAGGCUGUGAACACAUGAUGGAAUGCUGCUACUGUAAUGACAAUCCUUGAAACAAUAUGCUAGAUUGGUCUUGGAAGUGAAACUGAGUUACCGGCAUGGACAGCCGUAAUAUGCAUGUCGAGCAUGGCUCCUCACCACUUCUGUGCAAUUCUAAAUUCCAUCUGUAGAAAGCUAUGCUUGCCAGGGCAAGUGCAGCACAAAAUAUAACAGUUGCUGUUACAGAGCAGGGCCCCAUCUCUUGAUAUCUGAGCUCCUGGCCCCUGAAAUGGGGGGGGGGGGCAGGGAGAGAGAGAGAGAGAGAGAAAUUUGGAAGGCCCAGCACAGGGCAGCUGUGGGAGGGCAAUACCAUCCUGCUGUUGGACAAGCAUGUAGCACCCUAGUGGGGAAUCCCCACUCCUCCUCUCCAGACACCUUGCUGCACAUACCAUGGUUUGUGUUUGCACACUCUGCUGAGGAGAGAUUGGUUACAGAAAGAACAUCCUGACUCUCAAGGGAAAAGCUUGCAGUUGAAAGGAUAUAAGGAGCGUAGGACUCCUCUUGCUACUUUUAGAUAGAUAGAUAGAUAGAUAGAUAGAUAGAUCGAUAGAUCUUUAUUGUCAUUGUCCCAUGCAGGACAAUGAAAUUGCAAAACUACAUAAAACUACAUAAAAACUACAUAAAACUACCACAAAACUACAUAAAACAUUCAAAAACCCCUAAAAACUCUAAAACCCUAUUUUAAAAUACACUAUACUGUAGAAACCCCUUAUGCUGCAUUUAGAACCAGAAUUGCAUUUGCAUAGAAACUGUUUCUCAGGCGGCUAGUCCUGGCCUUUAUAACCCUGUACCUUCUUCCAGAAGGCAGAAGCUGAAAGAGAUCAUUUCCGGGGUGCGUGCUAUCCUGUGCUAUCUCUGCCGCUUUCUUAUGGCACCUGGCAGCAUAGAUUUGAUCUAAGGUGGGAAGAGUGCACCCAAUUAUUCUCUCUGCAGUCUUUACAACCCUGGAUAGCAUUGUUUUUUCCCUGGCCGUGCAGCUCCCAAACCAUACACACAGACCAUAAGUUAGUACGCUCUCCACAGUGCAAUGGUAAAAUGCCAUCAACAGGUCCUUUGAGAGAUUGUUUUUGUGGAGGAUUCUCAAAAAAUAUAACCUCUGCUGUGCUCUCUUCACCAGGUCUUUGCUGUUCUCUCCCCAGGUUAGGUCGUUUCUCAACUCCAUUCCCAGAAAUCGAAACACUGAGACCUGUUCCACGCACUUCCCCUCAAUAAUAAGUGGCUGAAUAUUCAAUUUACAUUUCCUAAAUGUAAUGAUCUCUUUUGUUUUCUUUAAGUUAAGGAGUAAGUUGUUUUUCCUGCACCACUCCCCCAACUGCUCAACUUCCUUCCUACUUCACAGCUGUAGAUCAUUUUGUGUUCAAUACCAUGUGAGGGAGGGAUAGGAUCAGAUACUUUUAAAAAAUCAUUUAUUAAUGGAAUUUAUAAAGCUACCCCAUUACACAAAAUCUUUGAUUGAUGCCCAAAACAAGCACAAUUAAGGUACAAUAUAAAGCGAUAAACUAAAACUUAAACUAAAAACACAAAACAGUUUUUACAGCCAAGAAGACUAGUCCAUAAAACAAUUAUUUCAAAGGCCCUUAGGUGAAUAGAAAGGUCUUCACCUGGCUCUAAAAAAAAUCACAAAGCUGGUGCCAGGUGAUCAUCUUUAGGAGGUGUCACUGCUGAAAAUACCGUCUCCCUGCCAUACUUUGUUCCUUUAUUUUUAUUUGAAAGAAUUUACAAGCUGUUUAAUAUAUAUUUUAAAUUUCUUAAGCCUGUGAAGAAGAAAAGAAAGUUCAGGUAAGCACCUAUGAGAGAAGGAGCUGGCAGAACACCAGCAUAACAUGGACAAACGGCCUAGCCCAGUUUAUGGUCCUGCAACCCUAUUCUGGUCUAUACAGGGUUGUAACAAAUCGGGUGGUUUUAGAGAAGAUUUGUUUGAAGCACUGACCCCUAAAUUUCAUCUGUACAUUGUAGACAUCUGUUACGAUUGAUUUGGGAGCUGACUCUUCUUCCUCCUUGCCUGCCAGGUUGCCCCAGCGGAAGGCUUUUCUGAUCUUGCCAUGCAAGUGAUGACCUCUCCAUCCAAGAACUACAUCCUCUCAGUGAUCAGUGUGGGCAUCUGCAUCCUGUUCCUGAUUGGCCUGAUGUGUGGGCGUAUCACGAAGCGAGUGACACGAGAGCUGAAGGACAGGUAGAGCCUGCCUUGGUAGUCAAAGGGAAGAAGGAAGGAAAGAAGGCCUGCCUGCCUGCCCGUUGCCCAGUUUGUACAGCCCUCCUCUGUAUAGUCUCCCCUCCCACCUCUCCGGAGAGUACAAACAGAUUAGAACAGCAGCCCGUGCCAGCUGAGUGUCCCAUCUCGUCCAUGGCUUCUCCACCCUCGGAACGAGUUGGCACGUGCAGCCUUGGCGGUCCAGCCAGCAGCUUCGUUACCCUGUCGUUAGCGACUGUUGUUUGCCUGCCUGUAGACAAGUUUUUUCUCUUUCUCUUUCUCUCUUUCUCAUACUGUCGGAACUGCCUUCACUCCCCAGACAGACUGACAACCUGCAGCUCAAGAGGUUUUUAAAGCAAAUUUUUAAAGAUCUGUUCCAGACAUAGUGUUGGACAGUAGGUCUUGGUGUGGAAGUGUUUGUGCUCCUUGGCUUAGGCAGGAGAACCGAGGGGAAGGGACAUCACCCACCAUUCACAGCUGGCCUUGCUUUGGACAUCUGGCUCACCCUGGAACAAGCAUCUCCAGCACAUAAUCAGUCAGCAAGAGUUGCCUCCAGAGACCCAUCAUCAUUUCUACUGUUUUUGUGCUUUUGUUACUGUAUUCUGUUGUACUUCUUUUUUUCUUUUUGUGGCUUGUUCCUCCGUUUUUGCCAAAAGGCAAUGCCUUCCAUACUUCUCCACCCCCACUCCAAUCUUUGGGGUUAAUAAAAUAUUGACCAGAUUAAAGAAACUUCAGUGGUCUUACAGGCACCCCCUGCAAAACCAUACUGUAUCUCAAGGGAAGCCUUUGGACAAGCUACGGUGGAGCUGUGGUCUUGGGUAGUAAGGCGGUGGUUUUGGAAGAAAACGAGGAUUUGGGUCCUCCCCAAAGGGGUUGGACCCAUAGGGUCCUUAUUUACAAGUUACUGAAGUUUCCUCCCUGAACUGUCAGGGAGGGUGUAAGACUUUUCUUGCUGUCAAGAAUCCAUCUAAAGAGAUCAUCAGCCAUUUGGGAAGUAGGGAAGCUGGCAGGGCUCCCUACACUAAGCAAGGAUGGGGGAGGGGAGGGGGGAUAGCUUUCUGAGAGUUGGAUGGGAGAGGUAUCUUUGCUGAAGUGAUGCUUUUAGUAACAGUACUAUAGUACCUGUUUGCAAUAAGCAGGAGUGUGCUCCUUGUCUGUUGAUUGGAGAGCACAGGGAGGAACUUGAAGAAGAGGAAAUACGCAUGUGCAGGCUCCUUGUGUAUAGUAGGAUAUCUAUCAGCCUGUUAGACAUGGUUGCCUGUAUGCUUUAGAGGGCUAAAUCAUGAGUCUGCCCGACACAAGGCUUGAGUGCAACAUCUUCUUCCCCUCCCUGCCCCUUUUCCUGCUUUGCUGCAACUGCUCAGUCAGAUGUCAACUUCUCAGCGUUCUGCAUUAAUGUCACAAAAGCGAGGGGCUUUUGGCAAUGGGACCAGCUGAUCUUAAUGAUGAUGUGGACACUCAGCCAUACCACUACUGUGAAUAUUUUCUGCUGCUCUUGAAGUGUUGGUAAAAGGCACAAAAGUUUUUAGCUUUAGGAAACCUUUAUUUUUCAUCCUACUGGAAAGCAAGUCGUUCAGAGUGUGGCUUUGUAUUCCUGAGGAUGGCAAACUGGAAAAGCUUGUGCAAGAAUCUCACCCCACCCCACCCCUGAGGCCCACUGACUGUUUCAGGCCUCCAAAAUUAAGGAGAGAUGAUUAGGGAAAUCAAAGAUCAGUGGGUGAGCCUGUGUGUACUGAAGGGUUUUUUUGGACUGUGGCCACUAGAUUGGAUUUCCUUCCCCUGCUUCUGAUAUUACUGAAUCUAUGAAUGGUGACAUUGGAAAGGGGUGUGUGCCAUAGUUCCCCAACUAGUGCGUGCUCAGUGCAUUCCAAAGCCUCUAUUUCCUCCCCCCUCCCUUUCACCCACACGUGGAUGCCCUUCAGUAUUGUGUUUAUUCUGUGUUUUAACUCUGAGGCAAGGCAUAGACUUCUUUAUCCUAAGGAAUCCACCUUGACUCUGAAAUGGGGUGGCGAUGGUGAGGAUGCUCCCAGGGCAACUCAAGUCACUUGCAAGAGAGGCAGCCAGCAGAUUAAUUGCAGAUGCUUAGAGCUGCCAUUCAUACUGUAGGAGGCCAGGAAUAACCUUGGUCAUAUCAUCUUCCAAAUCCUACACAACGUUGGGAAGAAACUGGCACUUGCAUAUGGUGACCCUGCAGCAAAUGCUGUGAAAGGAGAGGAUGCCCCCACCAUCCUGGCUAGCACAUGCAUUCAGAUAAGAUGCACGACGUAUUAUUCUUACAUUGCUUCCCUUCAGCCAACUACAAUUGCCUUCCCUCGAUCCUAGUGGGAGUGCCCCAUUGGUUAAUGAAAGAAAAAUGCUCUCCUGAGUAAAUUCCCAUAAUCAGCAGCAGUGGUUUUUGGAGGCAUAUAGUGAUGCUACCGAAGAGGAGCUUGUGCGAGAUGCACGUAAGGGGACUAGUUGCCUGGGAAGAGACAGAAUGCUGAAGCCAUUACAGCCAGCCAGUCACUCCAUUCUCUCAGUGACCUUGAACGAGCCAUUGUUUUAAAGAGACGAGAAGCAGCCUCUUGAGUUCCAAGCACUGCAGGUCUCUGUCUCAGCAUCACCUAAGCCUCCAUGCAGUCUCCUCAGACCCCGUCAGUUUCAGUCUGACAGCUAAGUAUUCCUGCUUUGGGGCUUAUUUGAGGGACGACUGUUUACAAAAAUGAUCCUUCAUCUAAAGUGGCAUUGUAUUGCAAGUGUUGUGCUUGUCACUUCCUCCUCAGAAUACGUGCAACUGCUUGAGGAAGAUGGAAGGGGCUGUGCUGCAGUUUGAAUGUUUGAAAAGUACUUAGGAAUUGGGAGCUUGUUUUUCUGCUUCUUCCCUAGAAGGUUCCCUGUUUGAACUUGUAGUACUUGCUGUCUUCAUCACUGUGGCCUCGACUGUCUUGUAACACGAGCUCCUCCAGCUUCUGGACCCUGUGCUGCUGCUUCUCCUUCCUUGUGUCUCAUCUAAAGCUGUGCUGAUGCUGCUCUCUUGGCUCUCAUCUCAAGGAAGGUCCCCUGGUUUGAUGCAUUGGAGAUGGAAGUACGCAGGUUGGGCACUGCUCUAUGCAUAACAGGAUUAGAGUUCCUGCAGAAAAGCCCUGGUGGGGCCUAAGGAGCAGGGAUUUCUUGGCUCUUAGUGGUGGCUCUUAGAUGUAGCCUAGGGUAUUCUCUUGUCCCAAAGUAAGUUAAGGAACUUGGUGAAUUGGAAAACUGAAGGAUCACACAUCCUGUUCCGCUUCAUAGUUUGUACAACUGGAUUGAUAGGUUACACUCUUCCUACAUAUAUACUACAUGUGCAUCCAGAGCAUUAAUACUAACAAACUGGAAGAGUGCUGGGUGGAGGGAACUGUCUUUAGGAAGUGGUGCCAUCCAGCAUGUGGUAUCAGCACUGUCCUGGCCCCCGGCUUGUGCUGACACCUGUUCUCAUAUUGCUAGUCCUUCUGGACAGCUGUGACCAGCAUGAUAAUUGGUUCCAUUUCUGUGUAGAUUCUGAGCAUCAGGUGCGCUGCUUCCCCGACACUUGCAGACUCCUCCAUCCAGAGGCUCCCUAGCUGGCGCAAAGAGAAUUAAAUGACUUAUCUCAAGGUUCUUGGAAAUGCAUCAGAGGCAGGCUGCAAUUUCCCUUCAGGUAUGCUUUGGAACUCAAUAUAAGUGGUGUUUGAUUGAAGAAUAGGCGUGUUUUGUGUUUGAGAGAAGCAAAAUGCAGGUGCACAGAACAACUCAGGGUGGCAUAAAAGGGUUCGUAUUCAGUGCUCCUCCUGCAGCUUGCAAAACCAGCCCUUUGGAGUGACAGUAAAUUGGUAGAUGAUACAGCUAAUGUUGGCUGACCCUUAGUCCUUUUAAAAAAUGUAACAUUAACAAAGGUUUUUUUUGUAAAUUGUUUUUCCUUUCUGUACAAAAUCUUGGCUGUUCUUUCUUUUUACAUGUUCAUGCUGUGUAAUUUUGAAUUGUUAACGGAGAUUCUGAACAUAAUGUGCAUUUUUUUCUGUACAGAUGAAAUGGGAGAAUUUAAUAAAAAAGAGUCUGCAGGUUUUUACUUGUUUUCCUUGUGUCUCCAUCAACUGUGAAUAAAAAGGGAAUCUCCCUCCCCAAGUCAUGCC